CCGCGCGCGCCUGCGCAAACCCACCCCCGCCGCCCGUGCGCUUUGACAACCUUUGGAGCGGAGCUGGCCAGGCCCGCGCGGUUGUUCCGUGAGGGGGCAGGUGAGGAGGAGGAGGAGGAGGAGGAGGAGGGCGCCUUCCCAGGGCCUCCGCAUCCCCGGGGUGGGGGAGUGGGGCUCGGGGGGCCUGGCGCGGCUCCGGGUGGGUUGGAGUGGGAUGGCGGCCGAGCUCGGAGGCGCUGAGGGAAGGCCCUCGUCGCCACAGCGUCUGAGGCGCGGGGCGGUUGGGAAGAAAUUGGGCCCACGGCUAGGGGUGGGGGGACGGGACGCGGUUGGAAGAGUCCCUAAACCGGCCCCCUCCACCGCUGCUCAUCUCCCCAUCUCCUUUCUCUCUCUCUUUUUUAAAAUGAUAUUUAUUAAAGUUUCAAAAAAAGGUUACAUAGAUAAGAAAAAGAAAAAUAGAGAAAAGAAAAAUACAAAAUACAAAAAAAAACCCCAAUUAAAAACAAUUCCAUCUUUUCAUCACUUAUCUUUCAUUUACUUGUUUCCCGGACCUCCUCAUGCCUCCCUUUUUUGUAUUCCAGUUCAAUUUAUUAGUUCAGCAUUUCCUUUCCCUCCUCCCCAUCUCCUUUCUCUUCCCCUCCUCUACCUCUAUCCCUCCCUUCUCCUCUUCCCCCACCCUUCUCCUUAACCCCACUUGUCCUCUCCCCUCCCACUCGCCCUAAUAAUAUUGAUGUUAAUAAUAAUGAAUGAAUGAAUUUAUUAAUACGGUCACAGACCAGCGUCAACACACACAAUAUCACAGAUCAUAAAAAAAAUAUCAGAAAUACAGAGGACAAUAUGAGUAUAACAAGGAUUUAAAUAUAAAAAAUUAAAAUUAAUUAUUAGCGUGCCCCCUGUAAUUAACAUUUGGGGGUUUGGUCAUUAUGGGAUACCACUUGCUUCAAUGUUAAUAAUAAUAAUUUUAUUGUUUACACCCCAGCCACUCUGGUCUGCUCGCCACCAGUGCCAGAUUUACAUACAGUGGUACCUCUAGAUACAACCGGGAUCCAUUCCGGAGCCCUGUUCGCAUCUAGAAGCAAAUGUAACUAGUGAUGGCACGUCUGCGCAUGCGCGCGUUGCUCUUCGCCGCUUCUGCACAUGUGCGUGACGUCAUUUUGAGCGUCUGUGCAUGCGCAAGCGACGAAACCCGGAAGGAAUGUGCUCCGUUACUUCCAGGUUGCCGUGGAGCGCAACUCGGAACGCGCUCAACUUGAAGCGUAUUCAACCCAAGGUAUGACUGUAUAAGCUAAACAAGCUAUAAGGGACGCGGGUGGUGCUGUGGGUUAAACCACAGAGCCUAGGACUUGCCGAUCGGAAGGUCGGCUGUUCGAAUCCCCACGACGGGGUGAGCUCCCGUUUCUCAGUCCCUGCUCCUGCCAACCUAGCAGUUCGAAAGCACGUCAAAGUGCAAGUAGAUAAAUAGGUACCACUCUGGCGGGAAGGUAAACAGCGUUUCCGUGCACUGCUCUGGUUCACCAAAAGCGGCUUAGUCAUGCUGGCCACAUGACCCGGAAGCUGUACGCCGGCUCCCUCGGCCAAUAAAGCGAGAUGAGCGCCGCAACCCCAGAGUCGGUCACGACUGGACCUAAUGGUCAUAGAAUCAUAGAAUCAUAGAGUUGGAAGAGACCACAAGGGCCAUCGAGUUCAACCCCCUGCCAAGCAGGAAACACCAUUAGAGCACUCCUGACAUACGGUUGUCAAGCCUCUGCUUAAAGACCUCCAAAGAAGGAGUCUCCACCACACUCCUUGGCAGCAAAUUCCACUGUCGAACAGCUCUUACUGUGGUCAGGGGUCCCUUUACCUUUACUUAAAACAAGCUAUACCUUAGGGCCCCACUCUCUUGGGGAGGCCCAAAAAAUUUAAAGGGAAAAAAACCUGGAUGUACAUUUCCAAAAUAUAAGAUAAAAAAUAAAUAAAAUAAAACCUACAUACAGCAACAGUGGCAAAUGGCUUUAGAUACCUAUGGGGUCCAUCAGUUAUCAUAUAGCAUAUAUUCAACACAAAAAACAGUGACAGUUUGUUGUUGACAAAGGACAGCUGGACAUAUAAAGGCCCACCAUUACCUUCAGUGGCUUAGGGCCGCAUCAAACCUAAAACUGGCCCUGCUCACAGCAUAUAUCAGAACACACUAAAGCAUUAUAAACAACAACACAACUUCCUGAUACAGGGCUUCCCUUCUGCACUUCCUCCUCCCCCAUCCCUCUCCUCUCCCACUUCAUGCCUCUUCUCACCUAAGGCUGGGUGAUGUCGGCUUUUCAACAGCAGCCCAACAUCACAUACAUGGCAAUGUUGGAAAGCAGAGGGAGGGACAAGCUCUGUCAGGCCUGGCCCUGUGUUGAUGCAGCUUGUUCCUCCAGGCGCUGGCAGAGGAUGGAGUCAUGCGCAUGCAAGCAGCACCUGGCCCUCAAACCAGUCCUGGGUGAUGUGUCGAUACAUAGCCCAGGCCUGCUGUCACCCCUCCUAUCCCCUUCUUCGUCCUCUCCUCCUCCCUCUCCCCACUCCUCUCCCUGUUCCCCCACCCAGGGCUUUGCAGGAGGGCACCCCUUAGCCAAGGGGCAGAUCAGCAGGGUUGGAAAAUCAUACAGUUGGAAGCAAUCUUGAGAGUCAUCAGGAUCCUCAGCUGAAGCAUUCAUGACAGAUGGCCACCCAACCUCGGCCUGUAUUCACUUCUUCCCACUGUUCCCCAUGGGACUGCAAAUUCAGGGUUUAAAUUUGGGGGGGGGGGGGGAGUUUUCAUUUGCAGGAGUUUUUUUAAAUUGCUGCUGCUGCACCAAAAGUUAUUUUUGUGUUUGCUAUAUAGAAUUGCCCACAGCUCUUGUGUUAAAUACAGAGGGCUGUAUAACUGCCAAGGCAGGUGUUGGUAGUUUUAUUGUGCCAAGGGAAUUGUUAUUAUAUAUUUGUUUUAUACCCCACCUUUUUACUGCAAUAGAGACUCAAAGAUAAAAAUAAGAACAGCUGAAGAAAGCAUGGGAGAAGAAAUCAUUUGAAAAGGAUUAAUCAUUCACAGAACUAAAACUAUAUGUAUAUAUUAAAAGUCUGUUGAAAUCUUAUCAUCUGCCAUCCUCUUGGUGAACCUGCAUGAGAGGUUUUCCCUGGGAACCAAGGCUUGGGAAUGGGUGAUUUAUCCAAUGAGAUUCACUGUGAGGGAUUUGGAUGUCAGGCUCUACAAUACUACAACGGCUCUUGGUGAGAUUUGGGGGCUGAAAUUAAAUACUUGAAGGUGCUUAAGAAAGGUGUAUUGUCUAGCCCCUUGACUUAACCCAUCCACUCCAAGAAAAUGGGACCAAUUUGAGAUCCUGCUUGAAUGUGAACUUUUAUUGGUUGUCUGCUUCUAGUCAAAAAGAUUCAGAACUUAAAACUGUAAUUCUUUUAUGAGCAGAAGAUGCCUGCCGAAAAACAUCAGCCGGAAGGAGGGAAUCAUGUUUCUAUUGGGAGUGAUUCAGGUAAUACAGGACUAAUGGAAGCUGAACAAAGAGGUGCUUUGCCUCCUAGUGAAGGUCACAUGGGAGACCAUCUGGAAGCUCUUGCCUUGGAAAGCAAGCUACCUGCAGUAGCAGGCACGUCUUCUGGAGCACUGAGAAAGGGACCGCUGCUGCUCAUCGACAGGCAGCAAAUCCAGUCUGUGGCACGUGGUGCUCAGGCAGAUGAACUCAGAGACCUGGAAGUUGAUGUGUAUGACCAGGAUGUAUUGGAACAAGGAGUUCUUCAGCAGGUAGACAAUGCAAUAAAUGAAGCAAACAAGGCGGUGCAAAUUGCUGAUGCAGAAAAAGAAUACCAGUCUGUACAGGAUGACUUGAGGUAAGUUGAGUUACUUCUUUUUACUUCAAGGUGAAGGGUAUACGCAUCAUGGGGAGUAGAAAUUGUGAACUGUGUCUUGCAUGCACAGACUGAAGUCUUCUCCCUCUCUUUGUGCUGUGCCCCCACACCCCUUAAAUCUGCUCUGGAGGGUUGGAAGAAAGUCCUGUUGCACGAAUGGACCUUGUUCCCUGUGUGCAUAGCCCACAUUGAAUUCCACCCUAUUGAUGGCACAUUUGUAGAAGCCUUAGGACACAUUUCAUCAAGUAAACUAAAAGCCCUGUCCUAGUUAUCUGCCAACAUACUACAAAAUAUAUUUCAGUCCACUAAAUGUCAACAGGUUUAUUUACACAAGUACUCAGAACCCAACCAUUCUGGUUAGCUAGCUCAGAGAAAUAUUUGGGUGAAAUAUUUGGGUGAUCAUUUAUGCUAGGUAAGCCAGUGGAGCUUCUCCAGGCUGGUUAUGAAAUAGCUUGUACACCAGAGCUGGCAGAAGAAAAUCUGAACAGUGCCCCUUUAGUGGAUUUACAAAGCAUUGCCAAAACAUCACAGUUUCACAGAAAGGAAGAAAUGUUUUGCUUUCUUAGUUGCUUGCAUGAUUACCAGCCGGCUGCUAAAAUUUUAGAUUGCAAUUGUGUUGCAUUGAAGUCAGUGCAUACUUUGUCAUGAAUUUUGGUAGGCUCAAGAUUGCAUUUGUAGCUGCUUUCUCUUGUAUGAGAAGGAUUUGAGCCUUGGGAUAUGGAAGGUUGGCAGUUCUGUUUCACCUUAAUUAUUACUCUUCCUUCUUCAUGCUAAUGCCCUAAAGCAGGAGUGGGGAAUCUUUUUCAGGUGAAGUGCCAGAUUUUUACUCCCCGCCCAACUCCUCAAGCGGUUUUGAUAGGUGGGUAGGACGGCCUACCUGUCAGUCACCUUGUUAAGUUGUGGGCGAACAUAUCAGACGACACAGCGAUUCUUCCAAAGCAGCUCGUUAUUUGUAAGCUGCAACAGAACUGAACUGAGGAGCUCAGUCAGCCUGCUUAUAUAGCGCUCCAGAACAAUGUAACUGUUGCCAUUUUCUAAAACUAUCCAAUCACUGAACGUCACUUUUGAUCCUUCAUUUGCAUAACUAUCUACAGUAUCCCCCUGCCGGCCCAGGGUGAGAACUUCAGUACAUAACACACCUGAUGUCAGGUGAAGUGCUCUCCAUUACAUGUGCAGUUUGAAAUCAAGCCACAUGGACAAAUGCAGGGAUUUGCAGGCACCACUGAUCAGUGUUCAAUUUUCUCUAAAAUACUGAAUGUAAAGCAAGAAUUGAAAUAAAUCUAAAUAAUUUCUAGUGAGAUUUCAUUGACCAAGCGUCUCCUCCUCCUCCUCCUGCUUACACAGUAAAAAUGUUUUAGGGACCAUUGUUAUAUGAUGGUCAUAUCUUCAAAGUUGCAGGUUUUGUGAGCGUCUAUUUUUCAGCUACUAUUUACAGAAACAAUAUUGGGUUUUCAGUUUUAAACAUUCCCGAAUGUUUGCGUUGAAUAUGCUUUUAUCUGUAUUCAGUUUUUGAAGCUACUCAGUGGUGUUCAAUAGAUGUUGAUUAGGUUUGUGUUUUCAGGUCAUGUACAACAUCCUUGAAACAAAUCGCUACAAUUAUUGAGCAAUUUACUCCACAAGCUGCCACUAAUAAAGAUAUUAGUAGAAAACUAGAUUCUGUGAAGCGGCAAAAAUACAACAAGGUAACUGGAAGUUCCUAAUUGUAAGUGUGUUAAAUCACCUUUAAAUCUUUUUUUAAGUUAGUAUCUUAAAGAACUCUGUACAAGUCUCACUGAAGCUAAUUUGCUGGUUCUGGCUUCAUGAGUCAGAUUAUUUUAUUUUUCAACUUCAUGUUGUGUCCGCUUCAGGUUACGUGUUUUCGUGUUGCGUUCUGUGGCAACCUGGAAGUAACCCCUUUCUGGUACUUCCAGGUUGCCGCAGGAAAGGGUUACUUCCGGGUUUCGCCGCUCGUGCAUGCGCAAGAAGCACUAAAUUGCGCCGCACGCAGAUGCGGCACUUCGGCUUGCGUCAGUUCUGUGUUAUGGACGGGCCUAUGGAAUGGAUUCCAUCCGUAACAUGAGGUUCCACUGUAACUGCUGUAGGUGUAGGUUGCAGUUCCCUUAAGCUGUUUUGUACUUUAAACUUGUUAUCAGUGGUGAAGGGGAAGACUCUUCCUGUCACUCCUCCUGUCAGAUUAUUUCUAUUUCCUUCAGAUUCAACAAAUAGAUUUAUUUGCCCCUAAGUCCAAGGACUUCCAAUUGUGGAAUGAUGGAACAGUGCCUUCCCCCAUCCUAUCCCCCCAGCACCCACCAAAAUUGGCUCAGAACUGGGGUCGGGGAAGCCCCAAGAACAGUAGGGGACUGGGGGAUUGUUCCAUCUGGCAAGUGGCAGUGCUUGCACAGAUGGAAUGUUCCUCAUAGUAUGACAUUGAAUUCUACCCAUUGUAUCAGUGCUGGAACAUCUGUGCAGGCUCUGUGUUGCCUUCUGGGCUUGGUUCAAGUUGAAGUUGCGAACCACAAAUCCUUCAUGGGUUUGUAGAAAGAGGGGCAUUCUCUUGGCUGUCUUCUGUCAUGGAAUACUGUUUUCCUAGACGAGUCCUUCCAUACUUGGUGCGCUCCAGAAGUUUGGGAUUACAGUUCCCAUCAGCACCAGCCAUGUUGCCUGGUGCGGAUGCAAGUUUUAGUCCAGAACAUCUGGCGGGCGUCAGGUUGGACAAAGCUGCACUAAACACAUAAUACAGUGGUACCUUGGGUUAAGAACUUAAUUCGUUCCAGACGUCUGUUCUUAACCUGAAACUGUUCUUAACCUGAAGCACCACUUUAGCUAAUGGGGCCUCCCACUGCCGCAGCGCUGCUGCUGCUGCACGAUUUCUGUUCUCAUCCUGAAACAAAGUUCUUAACCCAAGGUACUAUUUCUGGGUUAGCGGAGUCUGUAACCUGAAGCAUCUGUAACAUGAAGCGUAUGUAACCCAAGGUACCACUGUAUCUUAUUUGAGCAGGUUCUAAAAGUUUGGUUUUUUAAACUUGGCUUUAAGUAAAAUUUGGAUUAUUUUAGGGUUCUAUGUGUUUGUAGUUAUCACAAUUGUUUUAUUUGUAAAAACAUGCAAACAUGUUUUUAUAUUUCUUUUUACAGUUAUACAUAUCAAAUGCAAAUUGUUCACCUGAGAAGUAGAUGUUGUUGUUUUCCUUCCCCCUUGGGAAUUGAACGAGAACUUAAGUGAGCUUUACAAAUUAUGUUUCUGAAGCAAGUACUGUUCACAUUCUGUCUUGCUAUUUGUUGUCAUCGUUGAGAAUAUAGGGUUGAAUCCUACUAAGUCAUACUCCAUUGAACUCAGUGGACAUGACCAGUUUAAGCCCAUUAAUUUGAAUAGGUCUUCUCACAGCAUGAAUAACUGGAUAUAACCCAGAUAAUUUGCUAGUCUGUUUUAACUCUAUUCUCUCAUGAUUUCAGGAGCAGCAGUUGAAAAAAAUCAAAGCAAAGCAAAGACGCCUUCAAAUAAUUCUUGGAGAAGACGUUUCUGGUGAAAUAGAUGGUGUGGACUUUGAGGAAGAUGUCGGUAAGGAAAAUGAUAAUUUAUUUGGGUCAUCUUGGUAUAAUACCUUUAUUUGAAAUCAACUUUUAAUAUUAUGCUUUGAAAAAAUACACCAAGUUUAUUAGUGAAGUUUAUUAACUUCAAUGAGUUGUUUUUUUAGAGAGAUUUAGCACUGUUUUAAUUUUCUGCACCUGCAGAAUUGCUCAUCUGAGCACUCGUGUGGGAAUCUUCAUGGAUGAAAAUAAAUCUUGGUUCAGUUCAGAAGGGAUGAUUGUUCUUUAGAAUCACUAGAGCUUUGCUCUUAAUAAAUUGAAACUGUUAAUCAAAUUAGCUGAGCUGCAAAAAAAAAAAAAAAAAAGUUUUAAGUUGACAAACACCAUGAUAGCAUUUCACUGAAAGAUGUAAUUCAAUCAAUCAACAUUCACAAUUUUUAAUAUGUGGAAAGAAAAUUAUAUGCAGUAAACACAAGCACAACAGUAUGUUUUGCAUUGUUGUUUAGAGCUGUCACUUUCUGUUCCUCACAGCUCCAGCUGCGGUCUACCACCUUUUAAGUAUCAACGAGCAUGCAUUGAACAGGCUAUUAAAUUAGAGAACUGAAGUUUUGCAAAGAUAUUGGAAGUUUUGCCCUUAUGUCUUGUCAGUCCUUUCCAUUUUCUCUUUCUGCUCUGUUGAAAGCAUUCUACCGAGGUUUCUCAUGCUCCUUUUAUUUUUAUUCAUUUUUUAAUAGGAUGUAUGCCACCCUUCUCAUUCAUAUGCAUCACUCAUACUGAUUUACAGCAAUAAAAAUGUUACAAUCUCAUUAUACAAAAACAAUAAAAAACACAUAUUAAAAAGAGUUGAGUUCAGCAGAUAAAAACACCACAGAAAAGACAAUCUGCACAGCAAGACAAGUUUGUCAGAACAGAAAAGUCUUCACCAAACAGGAGAAGAUGGAAUAGGAAAGGCCAAAUGUACCUCAUCAGGUGGUCUCAGUGCAGCCACCAAAAUGGCCUUGUCUCUCCUAAUCAUGUGCCCAUCACAGUUGGAACCCACUGAAGGGCCUCUCUACUGGAUCUUAGGGGGUGGGCAGGCUGAUACAGGAGGAGACAGUCCUCAAAAUAACCUGAACCCAAGCCAUUUAGGGCUUUAAAGCUACAUCAACACCUUUAAUUGUGCUCUGAAACAAAUUGGCAACUAGUACAGUUGUUGCAGAGUAGGGGUCACAUGGUCCUGAGGGCAAGCACCUAUUGACAUCCUAGCUACUGCAUUCUGUACUAAUGGAAACCUCUCUAGGACCCUUGAAAGUAAGUCCAGUGUAGACUACAUUGUUGGCAUCUGUCUGUCUCCAGAGACAAUGGAAUGUACCUCCGGAAGUGAAGUCAAAUGGCUGCAUUAGCAGCACUGAAGUGACCUCCCUGAACAGUGUGUAUGGAGGUCCUGAGCUACGCAGAGAUUGAUCCCCCAUUCAGCUUCGCUGAUGCAGUUCAAAGAAAAUCAGAGAAAUAUGUUUGGCACCAGCUUAGCUGCAGGAGUUGCUGGAGGCAUACAAGGCGCCAUCUAACCGCCUUAGGGUCUCCACUUCGGAUUUGUGUAGGGUUUACUCUUUUCUUCUCCCAAAGAUAUCCCGCAAAGCAGUGGAGGCUUAGGAUGAGAGAUUUCCUUCUCCUAGAUGGGCUGCCUUUCCAGGUUGACUUCCCUCUGGGCUACAUUACCGUAAUCCAGUUUAGAAGUAACUAAGAUGUGUGCUAUCAUGGCCAGGUUCGAUUCAGGAACAUGUGCAUCUUGUACACCAGCAUAAGUUGGGCAAAAGUGCUCCUAGCCUCAGCCAGGGCAUACAAAUCCAAAGUCAAAUCCAGGCACACCCCCAGACUGUAAGCCUGUUUCUUCAAGGGGCAUACUAGCACAUUCAAAACUUGUUGAAUCCUUCUAACAGAGUCCAUUUCUCUCCUGGCCAGGAGCACUUCUGCCUUUUCUGGAUUAAGCUUCAAUUAAUUGACCCUCAUCCAGCCCAUUAUUCCCCCAGAAUUUAGGGUAUCAGCAGCUUUCUUGGUAUUAGACAAAAAAUAGAAAUAUUUCUGCUUGUUAACUGCAUAUUGAUGGCUGUGCACCCAAAUCUGUGGAUGGUCUCCCUCAGUGGGAGGGAGCUGACCCCAACUUCAGGAACUGAUCCCAAAGAAAUUUUUUUGGUCUUCUGUUUCUUCUAUGCCAGGGGUCAGCAAACUUUUUCAGCAGGGGGCUGGUCCACUGUCCCUGAGACCUUGGGGGGGGGGGGGCGGACUAUAUUUUGAAAGGGAAAAAAAGAACGAAAUAACCCAGAGAUGCAUUUUAAAUAAAAGGACACAUUCUACUCAUGUAAAAACACGCUGAUUCCCGGGCUGUCUGUGGGCCGGAUUUAGAAGGCGAUAGGGCCGGAUCUGGCCCCCGGGCCUUAGUUUGCCUACCCAUGUUCUAUGCUGUAUUAUCUCACCAUGUUCUCCAAAUAGGUUAUUUGGCUUCUGGUAACACUUUUACAAUGAUGACCCCUAGAUGUCUGUCUUCUCCCACUUUCAGUCCUAUAGCUUCUUUCAUUUAAGCAUCUGUAAGAGCCGCCUGUCUGUCUGCGCCUAUUGCUAUUUUUUCUCCAUUCUCUUUCUUUCUCUCCCCCCUUUUGUCAAGUCUCCAUGUUGGUUUCUGGCCAUUUUGUGCAUUGACAUUCUUUACAUUUAUAGUUUUCCCACCUCUCUGCCCUGUGUUCCUCCUAUAAAGCACAAGGAUAUAACAGAUCUGUUCAUUUGAACUCUCAGGAUAAUAGCUUUAUCCUGAAGAUUGUUUCACACUGAGAUAAAUGGGUGCGCUUGUCUUUUUCACAUACAGUGGUACCUUGGGUUAAGAACUUAAUUCGUUCCAGACGUCUGUUCUUAACCUGAAACUGUUCUUAACCUGAGGUACCACUUUAGCUAAUGGGGCCUCCCGCUGCUGCCGCCGCACGAUUUCUGUUCUCAUCCUGAAGCAAAGUUCUUAACCUGAGAUACUAUUUCUGGGUUAGCAGAGUCUGUAACUGAAGCGUCUGUAACCUGAGGUACCACUGUAUAUGUUUCUGUUGGAGGGGAAGAAGUCAUGUAUAGAUCUUUUUAAUCUUUGGGGAGUUUUGUGUUUUGUAGAACCUGGUCCCUCAUCCCUUGGGAGCAUGCUUAUGCCAGCCCAGGAAACUGAAUGGGAGAACCUCAUCCGAACUGGUCAGAUGACUCCAUUUGGAACAAAGAUACUCCAGAGCCAAGAGAAGAAGCCCCGUCGGAUAAUGUUAGAUGAAGGAGCUGGUUUUGAAAAAUACUUGGCAGAUCAAGCAAAACUCUCAUUUGAAAGGAAGAGGCCUUCAGUUCGUAAGGGGACCAAGAAGAAAGCUCCUUUGCAGAAGAAUCUGAUCAAAACUCCAGUAUGUCCCAUAAAGGGCAAAGGAACCGAGAGUAAAAGCCGGCCCAAAACGGACAGCCGUUUGAAGAAGCACAUGAGAAAGCUUCAGAACCACGUUCUUAAGAUUCAGGCCAAGGCCAGACUUCCUAAGGGCAGUGAGAUACAGGGAGAGGAGCAACAGGAGGACAGUGAGGAGUCGGAAUACAGGCCUGAUGAAGAAGAGCUUGGCAGUCUGGAUGGGGAAGAUGAAUUUUUUCGAGAAGAUGAUGGCGAUGAUUACGAAGUGAAACCUCUGCCAAGGAGAAAGAGAUUUUCAUUAACACACGAAUUUCAAGAAGAUGUUGGGGAUGAUGACUUUUUCCCAAGCUCUGAUGAAGAGGAGGAUGAUGAUAUUGCUGGGAAAAGGAGAAUUAAAAAAUGUAGAGAUGACGGCAAUGAAGAUUACUAUAAACAAAGGUUAAGGUUAGUAAAAAACAACAACACCCACCCAAAUAUUUCUAGUGGCAAUUCCAGUUGUUUUUUUUAAUACAUACAAAAACUAGACUGUUGUAUGCCUCCUACAUUUUAGAACAGCUGGGUAACAGAACAGAAGAUCCUUAAUAUCAGAAUAUGUUGUGGUUUCAUUUUUUUCUUGGAGAGCUCUUUUUAUCCCAAUGAAAUAAUUAGAUGUAUAUGCCCAGUCAGUGCAAAAAAGCAUGGAUAUUGUAAUGUAUGAAUGACUAACAGGGUACUCUAUAAGUAAACAUAUAUCAUUAAAUAUGGUGGUGCAAAGUACAGUACCCAGUGGGCAGAAUUUCAUCUUCAAACAGGGUAAAGGCUGUUCUGUUUAGGGGCCUUCCUUUGACUGCUUCUCUCUAUUUUGCUGCUUCUCUCUAUUCCUUUGAUUGAUUGAUUGAUUGAUUGAUUGCUUCAAAAAGUCUUAGCAUAAGUGCUUGUAGUGAUUUGCAGCCAGUGUUAGUUGUGCAGCUCCACUAUUAGGUGAUUGUGAUGCCAUACCACUCAGUAGUGGCAUGAAGUCUGUUGUGCUGGAUAAGUUGAGCUUACUCAAAGGAUUUGUCUUUUAGAAAAAUGAAAGUGAAUGCACUUGUUUUUUUAAAUCAAAAGACUUAAUUUAAAAUAAACCACAUGUUGUUGUUGUUUUGAAAACUAAUCUACCUCGUCACGGAAUAAUUUUUAUUCCAAAAUUGGCCCAUUGUUGGGCUGGUAGAAAGCAGAAUUGUGAGACCUCUGAAACUAUUUAAAAGAAAAACCAUAUUCUCCUAAUCUAGGCCCCCGAGGAGAACAACCCAACUGAUUCCUUUUGGCUGGAGAAAUAAUAGCCUUUCUGAGAGAUGGACUAAAGAAUUAAUAAAUGUAUUAAUCUGUAAAAUAUUUGCCAUUUUAUUGAAUGAAGCUCAACUUUUUUCCAUUGACUUAGCUCAAUAUUAAAUCAUUUUUAAUUCAGAGUUUUCAUCAAGAGUAAUUUAUUUUGAUUGAAAGUUUUAAUAUGAUUCACAAUUUAAAUCCAUCCAGACAAGUUUUUUAAUAACGUUAAGAUCGUAACAAUUUAUCCCUGCUAAAGUCAUACAUUUCCUGCAGUUGCUUAAGUUACAAUAAAAGCCUAAAUGAAUUUUAGAAAUAUCAAUAAUUGUAAUUGCCACCAAAACAUCAUAGCUCCUAAAAUUUCAUAGCUCUAGUUAUUGUAGCUGUUAAACUGCAGCUGCCCACAUUGACGUUCUUGUACUUGCAUUCCCCAGGUGAUCUGUACCGUGGGAAAUGCUGCUAGGAGAUAAUGUGGAGUGAAUUUGCUAAAGGAACAGCAUUUGCUUACACUUGCAUCUUAUUCCUUGUCAGUUAUAGUUGUUUAUAAAAACAACUGGAUGAGUGUCUGGCAAGUUUCACCCCCAAAUGAUGGAUGCAGUCCUCCUGGAUUGCUCGAUGGAGCAUUUUGCUGUGUGGGGAGUCCCACGUACUUCAAGAGGCAGAAAAUGAGUUUUCUUUCCACAGUGAAGCUUUCAAGAUUGUAUCUGGGAGAUGGUCCUGCAUCAAGGUGAAAAUAUUACGCUUGUAAAGCUUGACAGUGAGCCAGCUGUGAUUCUCCUCUGAACAUCUGAAGCACAAGGCCAAUUAAAAGUUUGUGAUUCCAGGGGGAGAACGUGCAAACAGGGGGACUCUGUAGUAGUUCUGCCUUGUCAUUUUUCUGUGGCAGAUCGUUCCGAGGGAGAGGGAGCCCUCAUUUUAGGAAGAAAGGUAUGAGAGCAAGGGAGGCAGUUUACUUCUCUUAGUAUGCCCAAGUGUGGAUGGGAAAUUGGAGGCUGCAUAUUAUUAUUAUUUUUUUUAAUUAAUAUUUAUUAAGUUUUCAAAGAAUAACAACAAAAAUUUCCAAAAAAAUUGAAAAUACAAAAAGCAAAAACGAUAAAGAAAUAAAAAAGAAAAAAACCAACCAUAAAGAAAAAAAGAAAAAAGAAAAACAAAAGUAUAAAAUCAUUUACGAUCUCUAUUAACUUCCUUUCUAGACUUCCUCCUCCUCCCCUCUCUUGUUUCUUAAUUUUUAAUUUUUACAGCAAAUCCUUUCUGUUUUUUCAUAACAUUCUAUCAUUACAUUUCCUUAUUCUAUUUUCCCUCUUGUCAUAUAAAAACUUUAAAACUCAAAGCUUAUAUUCAGUAUUUACCAAAUUCUUACAUCAUUACCUUUUUGCAAAUCAUUUACCAAUCCUUACUUAAGCCAUAUAGUUUCAUUCAACAUCUUUCAAACAUUUAUGAACGUUCCCAAUAUUGAAAAAUAGAAAAAUAAAAUAAGAUAAUAAGUCAGACACAAUCCAGUCAACUUCCAGCGCCCCCUCCCUGGACCCGGGAUUGUCAGUCCUUUUAACCUCAAUAGUCCGGCUCCUUAACCUGGUUGUCUCGUGUCCGAGGCCCUCAAAUCUCUUUCUUGCCCCUUUCGCAGCUCUUCUUGAUGUUUCCCUUUCAGUCGUGGGUACUCCAGCAGAAAGAUACUUUUGACCCUUUGCAACAAGUCCAUCCCAUGCCCAUUGUCCAAGCCAGACAGCAGAUAAUACCACUUCAAGUUUCCUUGAAACUUGGAGGCUCCGACUACUCCAAUCCUCUGAUGGCCCAUCACCAGACUCGGAAAGUCCAGAUAACCAUAUAAAGGGGGGUCAAUCCACCCCCCAUUUCCAAAUCUAACCACAUUUCAUCUUUCCGAAUCUGAUUUAUCCCAAGUUCAUUUAUCAAGUUCAAAGGCUGAUCCUGCCGGUCCAAAGGUCCCUCCAUCUCUGAAGCCUCCAUCACUACAGCAGGUUCAUAUACUUGUAGAUAUUUUAACUGAGUUCCAUUUACUUGCUGCUGUGCUCUGGUAACUUCCGUCAUCAAGGUCGUCUCCUGACGCAUCUGGUCCAGCUGGGCACUUAGUUUUGAAAAACCUUCCAGGAACAUUUGUUCAAGCCUUUGUACAAGCAUUGUCCUUCAGGGUCAAAGAAAAUUCUUUCCCACGAUUAUAGUCCUUCACUUUUAAGCUCUCUGCGUUGCAGUUUCACUAAAUCCCACUAGAGGGAAAACCUUUUUUUUUCCUUUUUUUUUUAUAACGGAGAAAAUCAUCAGCAACAGUCUUUCUUUUCCAGAUACACUUUAUCCAAAGUUCCCCCUUCAAAAUUCAAGAGGCAACAGUAGAGUCACAAUGUUACCUUUCUUUUAACUAUCUGUCGAGCUGGACAAGCUUCAAGACGUCAGUUCUGACAGCCCGCUCCUGGUUCAGGGCGGUGGAAAAUUACUUUGUUUUAAACUCACUUCCGCAGGGUUAUAAAGUCCAAAACAACCCCCUUCUUCUCCUGCAGUCAAAGGGGGGGUUCAGAAAUCUUAGGUGUUGAAUUCUAGUUCUCUCAGAAUUUAAUUUUCAAGCUUUAGUAUAUUUUGUCUUUGCUUUCUUCACGUAACAAAAGAACGGAAGGUUGACUUCCUGCUUAGACCUUCUCAUUCCAAGUCCCAAUUAAAUUCAAUUUCAAGUCCAAUUUAUUUAUUUAUUCACCAGUCUUAAAAGUAAUUCAGCUCUUCCAAGAUCAGGUACUCACGGAUAGAUGUUUUAGAUGCCAAAUUGUCCCAGGAAAAAGGCAGCGCUCUCCGGAAACGGCAGUGCGGCUUUGCUGCACGAAAGAAGCAGUCGACUCACAGCACCACGCACCUCCCACUCCGGAGCCCGUUACCGGGCUCCUGUACCAGGGGAGAGAGCGCUCACGGUGCCCGCUGAGUCCCACGUCCACAGGCUUCAUCCGCCUGUGGGUUUUAAGGGUCCCCGCUGCGCCGUAGCGGUAGGACCCAAGCUUCCGUGCAGCGGGUUCCCUUCAACUUGAAGGGAAUUCCGCCAUUUUCCGGAGGCGCCACCCCGGAGGCUGCAUAUUAGAUUGGUUUGAAUGCCGUUGCCUUAAGUACUGCAGUUUUUUAAAAAAAAAAUUCUAAUAUUCAUAACCCACUUUAUUGUGCGCAAGAAUUUCCAAAAUGCCUGCCAGUAAAACCAUUGAAAAUUCCAAUAUAAUGAAAUGGACGUCGUAAGAACAAGGUCAUAAUAGCAGUAGAUUGGGCAAGUAAAACAUAAAAGCAGCGUUAACCAAAACGCCUAGUAACAGUUGAGACCAUGGGUUGAUUCCACCCCUGAAAAGCAGCCCCAGAAGGUUGGUGACUGUCCCAAACAAUGUGGGAAGUGAUGCUGGAGUCUGAAGAGGAAUUAUCAAAAAUGGCGUCCCUCUUUCCUCCAGCAGAAGCCUCUGCUGGAUCUCAGUCUCUUCUGCAAACAAAGCGAGCCUUUCCGCUUUGCAGAAGGCCAAGUCUGGACCCGUCCCAAUGAUUUCAAUAGGCAUGCUUAUUUAUCACAUGCGAGCGUAACUUUGUUAUUAUGUGAGAUGUGUUGCUUUUAGAUCAGGGUGGGUGAAAAUUAAAAUAAGAUAAACUGUGUCUUACAUCAGGCAUAGGUAAACUCUUUAAAUUUCCAGGGGGUUCAUAUCAGUGGUGGGUGCAGCCAGGUGCAAAAGUGGGAAUCUAGUUUGAAGCUAGAUUCUUCAAGCUAGUUUCUUCAAGCCUAAUAUUUCCAUCCAAAUUGUGGCACGGGUUUGGCCAUGUCUGGGGAAUGCAUGUCCCUCCAAAGGUUUCCUAAUGCUGCAUUUGAACUUCGAAAAAACCACCUAAUUUGUUCAAGUCUAAUUGCAUUGGGGGGAAGUUUGGGGGAAUAAGGUCAUGCUGCGAAACAGAUGAGAAAGUGCCCGAGGGCCAGUGGUUUUUCACCCCUUUGAUUGGAUUUUGUUGCAGUUGUUCUGCUGAUCCAUCUUUUUGCCACAGUGUGUGGUCUACUGUUUAGAGGGUCAGACUAGGACCUGGGAGAUCACAGUUCAAAUCUCUACCCAGCUAUGAAGCUCUCUGGGUGACCUUCGACUAGUCACUGCCUCCCAGCCCAAAUUUACCUCCCAGGGAUGUUGUAGGGAUUAACUGAAGAGCGGGGAGAACACCUUGAGAUCCUUGGAUGAAAAAUACAUUAUUUAGCCAUGAAUCCAAAUGGUACAUCAACCCCACCCCCUUAUAUGUGUGAGGAGCUAAUUUGAUUUGGACCACCAAAUGCCACUGAGAAGAGACAGUGUUUCUCUACCACAGUGAUCCAUGUGACGGUCACCUCCAGGCUUGACUACUGUAAUUCGCUCUACGCGGGGCUGCCCUUGAAGCUGUCUCAGAAACUCCAGCGGGUUCAGAAUGCAGCAGCGAGGCUCCUCACGGGGUCUCUGCCAUGGGAGCAUAUUCACCCAGUGCUUUUCCAGCUGCACUGGCUCCCGAUGGAAUACAGGGUCAGAUUUAAGGUGCUGGUUUUGACCUUUAAAGCCCUUCACGGCCUAGGACCCUCGUAUCUAUGGGACCGCCUCUCCCGGUAUGCCCCACGGAGAGCCUCAAGGUCCAUAAAUAGCAACACCCUAGUGGUCUCGGGCCCCAAGGAAGUUAGAUCAGCUUCAACCAGAGCCAGGGCCUUUUCAACACUGGCUCCAGCCUGGUGGACACUCUGUCUCAUGAGACCAGGGCCCUGCAGGAUCUGAUUUCUUUCCGCAGGGCCUAUAAGACAGAGUUGUUCCGCCUGGCCUUUGGCUUGGAGCCAAUUUGAUUCCCUCCCCCUCUUUCUUUUCCCUUUCUCCUCCUGUGAUGAGGCUGCAUUUUAAUAUUUUAACGUUUCAGUAUUUUAAUUUUUGUAUUUUAAUCUUGUUUUUAAGUUGUAUUCAUUCAACUUGUUUUUAUUAUUGCUUGUUAGCCGCCCUGAGCCCAGCCUUGGCUGGGGAGGGCGGGGUAUAAAUAUAAAUUAUUAUUAUUAUUAUUAUUACCUGUGAAUGGCUGGUGGCACUGGAUUCCAACUUCCACCUUGAAGGACCACAUUUUUCCUCCAAUAGUUUCAUUAGGAAGAGAGGUGCCUUUCUAGCCCAGCCUCUUGGGCAAAUUAUGUCCAAAUUAAAACAGGUCCUGCCUCCAGCUGGGCAGAGCAAGGAGCUCCUCAUGGCGUGGCCCGUUGUCUGAUGAAACAGGAAAAGACAGUUCACUGAUAAGGAACUUGAUUUUGGUGUAGAUGCCUAAUCCUCCGCGUCAUCCUGGCUCUGCUCACUGAGACUUGUAACUCUAAUGGCAUAUGUUUAAUCUGCCGAGGAGGCAGCGAUUAGAGGGACCCCCACACAACUCAUAAAAAGCCAGAUCGGAAGAGUAACUCAUUCUCUCAAUUUACAAAAUGAGAAUGAUCAUUAAGGGAAUCUUGGCUGUCUGAAAUGGAAAAUAUAUUAUGCUUCAGAAACACAAACUAUAUUAAAUACCCAGCUUGGUUCCUGAAUAUGUUUGGAAAAAUCAGAUUGUGAUCUGUUGUGAGCUACAUGUUUGAAGUGCCUGGCUGCACUUUUGUUCAAAUGGGGAGGGGGGAGAACUGUGUAAGUCAUCUGGAGCUCCUUGGAGGAAGGGCAUGAUAUAAAUGUAAUAAUAAAUUUUAAAAAAUGUUUUCAUAAGCCCAUGUUUAAAGAUGGAUGAACUCAAAUUACUCUGGCGUUAACAAGACAACCUAUAGGUUUUAUGUUGCAUUGACUCCAAGGUUCAUGAAAACCCUUUUCAACUUUUGUCCACUUUCAGGCAUCACAUCUUCUAGCAAGAGAAUGCAGUAAAUAGAAAAUGAACUCGUGUCUAAAUUCCAUCCUUCAUUAAUUAAACCACCUGCAUUAAUUAAAAGGAUAUGGAAUCACGGCAGGGAGAGCAAGAAUAAGGCAUUGAUCCAGUAAGGAUUAUUGGACCCAAGGAGGCCUGUUAUUCCCAAAGUGAUGCAUUAUUGUCCAAAGAGGACUUCAGCCCAGCUUUCCUGCAUCGAUGAUCAAUUAUCAUUUUAAUUCUUAAUAUUGUAGGUUUCCAUUUGUAGACAUGGCCUGGUUAAAGUUAAAUCCAAAUCCAAGCAUUUUAAACCGAUGCUUACAAUUUCUUAAAGCUGAACCAAAGAGCCAACAAACUCGCUUGGUUCAAACGUAUCGGGAAACUGGAGAACAGGUCAUAGGGCAGCCUUUCUUGAGAGUGCGGCGGGGGAAAGUAAUCUGGCAAUUAGGCUUGGAAAGAAAAGCUAAAGUGUUCAAGCUUAAUUGCUGAGAGAAUUCUGUGUGCAUGUGGGUGACCAUGUACACCUCUGGUGUAUGUCCCCUAGAGCAGGUGUGGCCAAACUUUUCUCUCCAGAUGUUUGGGGACUACAACUCCCAUCAUCCCUAGCUAACAAGACCAGUGGUCAGGGAUGAUGGGAAUUGUAAUCCCAAAACAUCUGGAGGGCUGAGUUUGGCCAUGCCUGCAGAGGGUUGGCCAAGCAGGGAUGCAUCCCUUAGGCCAAAGGAAAGUUCACCACGGCUGCAGGGUGAUGCGAAAGCCCUUCAACAUGUGAUAACGGAGCUACAUGAAUACUUCACAAAAGGAGAUAGCUCUCAUCACAGUGGUUUGGUGGCUCCGUAACUAGUUAGUUAGUUAGUUAGUUAGUUAGUUAAAUAAAUAAAUAAAUAAAUAAAUGCCUUGUUUCACAGUGGUAUCAACCUAUGCUGAUUUUGCGUCCCAAUACGUUUGGACCCGCAGCACUCCCCGUUCUGUUAGCUGCUGUUGAUGUUUAGCUUAUGGGUGUCUAGCAUGACAGCCUGUCAGUAUUCCAGUCUCCUGCAAAUGCACUAGGGUCGAUUUGCUAGAGGAAGUAGACAUUUGGAAGCACUCAAAAUCCUUGUAAAAACAUAAAUGAUUCACUAAUCCUGCUUGCAUCUCUUGCACAAAAUAAAAUAGUUUGCUAACAAGUAAUAAAUCAGAGCUUUUAAUUGCGCACAUUAAUAUGCUUCCAUUGGGUUUUAGUUGCUGUAUCAAUUGUUUUAUCAGUGACUUUAUUGCCAUCGCAAAACCUGGAAAUAGCAGCAAUAUUCGCUAUUUAUCCUUUACCUCUUUAUUUGUUGGUAUUGAUGGCUCUUUGUCGUGGCCGUACGACACUUGAGUACAGUUUGCUAAACGCUCCUUCGCCUUUUCUUUUUGCUUGGCGGAUUUCGUUCAGACAUUUGGCAAACAGGUAAGCUUUUGCAGGUGGUGGAAAAAUGGUUGCCAGCUUCACAAAUGAUACCUUUAGCUGGGCAUGCAAAAUGUGUGAAAUAUUAUUUCUUGCUCUUUGCCAUUUUACAUACCAACUGACAAAUUAAAAUCAGUAAAGCGUUUAUAAACAAUCAACACUCAGCUAAAUAAAUUCAGAAGCAGCGCUGGCACAACAGUUACCAUAGAACCAGCAUAAAAUCCUUAAAAAGCAGUAUGGAAUCCAUAAACAGAACUAAACAGAACUAGCAAGGGGGAACGCAUAGGAGGCUGUCUUAAACCAAGUCUGACUGGGAGGCUGUCUUAAACCAAGUCGAUUGCCACUGCCGGCGAGCGAUGACAAUACAGUCCUACCUGGCGACACAGGGGCUUGAAUCAGGGAUGUUCUGCACACGAGCAUGUCUGCUACCACAGAUCUUUAGCCCUUUCCCAAGCGUUUGGAUAGCUCAGUUGGUAGAAUAUGACUCUUCAUCUCAGGAACAUGGGUUCAAGUUCCACAUUGGGCACAAAGAUUCUUGUGUUGCAGGGGGUUGGACUUGUUGACCCUCGUAGCACCUUCCUCCCAACUCUGCAGUUCUAUAAUUAAAUCUUAAAUUGUUUAAAAGUUGUGGGAGAAUACAGGAGAGAGACAAGUUUUGUUGCAACUGGGGUGCUCCUUACCUUACCACCAGCAUUAAAACUCAGCUCAUACACAGACAUAGUACCCAUUUUCCUCUUAGAAAAUGAAUUUGAAUCACUCUUUGGCAGAGUCUUUUGGAGCAACUUUAUUCUCUCUUGACUAUGCUUUUCUUAACUAGAACAGGAGCAUCCGGUCUCCCAUGUUGUUGGACUACAACUCCAAUCGGCCCCAAUCAGCAUUGCCGAUAUGGAAAAUGAUCAGCUUUAUAGUGUAACAUACUGAAGGCCAUGAAUUUCCCAUCUCUAGGCUAGAGUUUAGGGUAUUUGACAGUGUCUGAACCCCUGUCUGCUAUAGCAGAGACUGGAACUUCUGUCAACAUUUUGCAAAUGGUUUAUUUUUAUUUUGCUUGGGAAAGUCAUAUUAAAUGUAUCUGCCUUCAGACAAGCUGCAGGUAAUCUGAAAGAAGGAUUGCUGAUCAGGUUGUUUACACAUUUCCUGCUUAAUUCUGGCAAACAAAUAUCAGAAGCUUUUGAAUUGUUUUCCAAAACAUUUAAAAAUAAUGUUUUACCAAAGGUGGGGAUGUAGCAAAAAAAAAAAAAAGAAGAAGAAGAAAAAGCAAAAGCUCAUAAGCUCAUAAGCUGCUUUCAACUCUUCUGAAUCUGGUUGCUCCAGAUGAAUUUCUGUUUCUAAUCUGUAGGGAAUAUAUCUUGGAGGGAAACGACAUGCCUUGUUCAUGGUGGUGCUCCCUGAGAAAUUCCCUUCUGUAUAAUGAAAUAGUGUUAGUUUGAAGUAAGUUUCUCCUACUCUUCCCUUCACCCACCUUUUUCUGCUGGGUGCAGGCUCCAGCUGGGAAAAGUACGCAGGACACAGAAAGUUUUGGUAAGGGUGGGGCUGAAAUGUACAAUGGAUUGAUCACCUCCCAUUGAAGUUAGCGGGUGUGGAUUCGCACUGCCAUCUUAAAUCAUCGCAUGCUCUCUCUUGCUGUCUCAUGUUGUCAUCCUGUUGUACAGAAUGAUUCUAUUUUUCCGAUAACAAAUGUCUUCUAAAGGCCGUAUAGCAGUGUGCGCAAUAGGUUGAUAAAAGUUUUUAUGCCGACAUUUAAUUUGCCUUGAACUUUGGUUGGGUUUAGUGAUUCAGUUAACCGUGUGAAAUGUCUUGCAAACAUCUUUUGUAUCCAGAUACUGUAUUAUAAAAGCAUGUUCUCCCUCUUUCCCCCAACCACCCAUUUUUUCUUAUGUUUCUAAAUUUAAACACAUAAACCUGCUGAAUCCAGCCAAAGGCCCGUCUAGUACAGCAUGCUGUUCUCACAGUGGCCAACCAGAUACCUGCAGGAAGCCUGCAAUUUGUAGAGCACUACUUUGUAGAGUGCCCACAGGAAGCCUGCAAUUUGCAGAGCACUACUUCGUAGAGUGCCUUACAGUCUUUCUCACUUCUUUAUAUCCGUCCUGUAGGAAAGCCAGCCAGAGAGUGCUUUACCUUGCCCAAGGCAUAAGCACUUAAGCUCAGCUGGAAUCUGAGCCCAGGUUUCUUAUGUCAAAAACAACACACUGUCUGCUGGACCACAAUAGCUGCUUUUCAGAUUUGUUUUCUGUUCUCUCCUAGCUGCCUAAACUAACACUGGCGAUUAAAUGGUGAUUCUUCUUGUAAUUUCAGGAGGUGGCACAAGCAACAACUGAAAGACAGAGAGGAGCGGCAGAAGGCGGGGGAAGAUUCGGAUGAUAGCGAUGCUGAAUUUGCUGAGGGUUUUAGAGUUCCAGGUUUCCUUUUCAAAAAACUUUUCAAGUAUGUAUAUUAAAGUAGCGAACAACAAUUCAUUGCUAUAAGGGGUUUGCUAAUGUAUCAGUACAAACUGGAAAAGUUAAGAGUAAACCGAGUAGCUCAAGUGUAUUAUGGCAUUCUGCAGUCAACUGAAGAACUUGAAUUCCAUUGUGGUUAUACGUUUGUGUUGUGUUGUAGCUGCCAAAACUGCAUAGGCAUGUGUCCAUCCUACACAAGCAUAGUCAGUGUGUAAAGCAGAGAGAUCACUCCAUUCAUGCCGUUAGUCUUUCCAUUCAGUCCUUUAGCAAAUGAUUCAAGCAGCGUAGCUUGUGAGCUGCCUGGCUGUAACACUUCAUUGAGCAUGGUGGUCUUGAGAAAAUAAUAAUAAUAAUAAUAAUAAUAAUAAUAAUAAUAAUAAUAAUAAUUUAUUAUUUAUACCCCGCCCAUCUGGCUGGGUUUCCCCAGCCACUCUGGCCGGCUUCCACAAAGACCAAAAAUACACUAAGAUGUCACACAUUAAAGCUUCCCUGAACAGGGCUGCCUUAAGAUGUCUUCUGAAUGUCAAGUAGUUGUUUAUCUCUUUGACAUCUGAUGGGAGGGCGUUCCACAGGGCGGGUGCCACUACCGAGAAGGCCCUCUGCCUGGUUCCCUGUAGCUUUGCUUCUCGCAAUGAGGGAACCGCCAGAAGGCCCUUGGCGCUGGACGUCAGCGUCCGGGCAGAACGAUGGGGGUGGAGACGCUCCUUCAGGUAUACUGGGGCGAGGCUGUUUAAGACUUUAAAAGUCAACACCAACACUUUGAAUUGUGCUCGGAAACGUCCUGGGAGCCAAUGUAGGUCUUUCAAGACCGGUGUUAUGUGGUCUCGGUGCCGCCCCCAGUCACCAGUCUAGCUGCCGCAUUCUGGAUUCGUUGUAGUUUCCGGGUCAUCUUCAAAGGUAGCCCCAUGUAGAGUGCAUUGCAGUAGUCCAAGCGGAAGAUAACUAGAGCAUGCACCACUCUGGUGAGAUAGUCCACGAGAAGUGUUUAUUGCUUCCCUGGAUCUCACAGCUUGGUUAACAGGUUCCUCACCAACUGCUGGUGGACUUAAGGGUGUGUUACGCUGUUGUAACCAUAAUCUAAAAAUGGAUCUAUGAUUAGAGAAACCCAAAGAGAAUUCAACCAAGACGGGCAACUAAAUAUGAGUCUUGGCAUGAUAGCCGUCCCUAAUGAAGGGUAUCCCCUUGCAAGCAUGAGUCAGCUGGCAAAACUUCCUGAGUGGUUAAAAAGAUCAAUUGAGCUGAAUGAUUUGUCUGACAUGCAAUUUAAAAGAUGAGAUCUCCCCAGCAGGAAAGGGAGGUUGCCAUCAUUAAGCAUUAGAGGCUCCUCUGACCACACUGGAGCGCAAAGAUGGCAGCAGUGAAUCCCGAUGCCGAUUGAUCAACUCCCAGUUAGUUUGUUCCUGGCUCUUAAUUUUUCUCAGCAGGUCUUCUGAAAACUUUAUCCUUUUCUAGGGUUUGUUUUUGCUGAAGUUGAAUGAGGGCAGUCCUGAAAACUCCCAUUUUAGUUUCUGUGCUUUGCAGUUUCAAAAAUAUAUUUGGAAAAGAGAAGCUAGAAAUGGGAGAGUAGAAAGCGGCUCGGCCAUUUCUCCUCCCAACUUUCAAGCAUUCUGUUCGUAUAUCAAGUAUUAAUAGACUAGAGAUCUAUACCAGUUGCAACCUACUGUGUCUCUCUGAAAAGACUAUGAAAUAUGCUAAAUUCUAUGCAGUUAAGAGGCACUUUAAGUCAUAGGAUGUAGAGAGCUACAAGAGACCAUGAGGAAGAGGCCAAAACUUGUGUAUGUGACUCUGGUAGGUCCUAUUGGGUGUUUAAAUGGAGAAUUUGGUCUAUUCUUUUUUUAGGCUUUUCUCUGCAUCUAGGGCUAGAAUGGCAGGCCCAGAGCUCAGUGUUGGAGUCCAUCUGGUAUGUGAGGAGAGAUGGGCUAUAUCCCUUCCCAUGAUGCUCUGCUUGCUGCUGGUAUUCUCUCCCUUGCAUGAGUUUAGCUUCUUGGUUAUGAUACGUCGCAGAGAAUGAAAUGAGCAAGGACUCCUGUGCCUUGCUCACUCUCGGCAAGAACUCACUGUUGCCAUCUGUUCGGCAGAUGCCAUCCGAAGGGAGAGGAAAGACUCUGCCACACUUACCUGCUCCUCUAGCAAUCACACUGGUUGCUCAGCAUUGUACACCCCACACCCCAUGUGAAGAAAUGCUUUGUUUUGCAAUAUCGGGGGGAGAGUGGUCUCCUGUGUCCUUGUGCCUAGUGAAGUGAAAAUGUUAAGAAACUAGCUUGUUGAGGGAUGCGAGUAGGAAUCUACAAAAGGCACCCUUCCAACUGUCAGUAGGAGAAAGAGAGCAAUGGUUUUAAAUAAACAAUAGGCUUUUCAGUUGAGCUGAAGAAUUUGGUGAGCUUUUUGUGAGGAGUCAGCAUCCUCAGAUGAGAGAAGGUGGUGAGAGAGAGAGAUUCUUUUUUAAGCCCAAAUUUAGAUCAUGUCUCACGUGUGCAACCUGCCUUAAAGCCCUGGGGAUAGAUUAGCAAGUGAGCCAGACGUUCUCCACACACUACAGAUGGCAGAAGACCCCUAGGGAUCACUCGCUAAUCUAACCUGAUGGAAAUGUGUUCCUCCUCCCAAUUCGAGUGCUUUUGGGGGACCACAAUCUCUUUCUGACCUCACUGACCACCCAGUUGAGGCAUGAGAUGGAAUUACAGUAUACAGUCAUCUUUCACACAUUUAUCCAACUAUUCCUCUGAACAAAGGAGAUUCUUCCUGCAAAACUUCUGUUUUGGCAGAAUUUUACAUUCUUGGUUGAAAACCACCCCUAAACUUACUAGCAGGCAGCUUGCAGCCGUUGUUUUUGUACUCCUAAUCUGACCUAAGCCGUAUUGUUGUUUGUAUUUGCUGUAUCCAUCCCUGAAGGACAGCCCUUCCCCUGCUCCCAACCCCUUUCAUCUUAGUUUGACAGCUAUCUUUUAUCUCAAUGCUGCUUACGUAAAGAGAAGUUGCUGGUGAACUGUGCCCAAAGCAUAGCCCAUCUUCCUGCUUCCAAAUAGGGAGAGACAAAAAUUACCCUGGAUAGUUCAGCUGCUUAGAGCUGAUAAUGCCAAGGUUGCAGGUUCAAUCCCUGUAUGGAACAGCUGCAUAUUCCUGCUUGGCUGGGGAUUGGACUAGAUGACCCCCCCACCCAGGGUCCCUUCCAACUCAUCAAUUCUAUGAUUCUGUGUUUUUGCAAUUUGUAACUUGUGUAAUUUAGCAAGAACAGCCUGAUAAGUUUUCACUGGCAAAGGGAUUACUAUUAUUUUUAAAACCUCCCUCUUCUUAGUUUGUAGCCAUUGUUUACUUUUUGUUCCUUUUCAGCACUAGCUGUUGGGCUCCUGGGCAUGGAACCACUCUGCCACGUUCCACUGUGAUUUAACAGUCCUCCUAUAUGUUGGGCUGCGGAAACAAUUGCACUUACUGUUCUGAAGAACCAGAAGGGGCCGUUCUAGCAAUAUUUAUACAAAACGAAAUAAAACACCCUCCAAUUAUCACGUCCCGGUUUAAUUAGAUGUACUUUUAACAUUGCACAAAGAGCGAGUUCCUCACAUCCAACGUCCAAAGGCAUAAAAAAUGCAUGACGCUGUAAAUACAGCCUUCAUGUAAAACACAUGCUGCAGCAUGUUACGGUAACUAGCUUCUGAGUGUUGCAAAUGACUAAUUCAUGUGUUUGUCCUGUUGUAAUCUCUUGUUUGCCAUCUGAUUUUGCCCUUUUACUUGCAGGUACCAGCAGACAGGUGUUGGGUGGCUCUGGGAAUUGCACUGCCAGCAGGUGGGAGGAAUUCUGGGAGACGAGAUGGGAUUGGGCAAGACCAUCCAGAUAAUUGCUUUCUUGGCAGGUCUGAGCUACAGCAAGAUCAGGACGCGUGGUUCAAAUUACAGGCAAGUGCUCUUCCGCAGACUGUCAGUCUGUGGAGCUCGAUGAAUAUUUCAUUGGAUGUAUUGCCGUGGAGGAGGGCCCCGUGAAUUAUUAAUGGCAUUUCAAUUACAAUAUUCCUUUAAUUCUUUUAGCGGGGGACAUCAAAGGAAAUUUUUUUACGAGACGAUGGAGCUGGAGGGCAGGAAAAAUUAAACAUGUAACACUCUUAAUGAAUUCCAGGCAUUGAUGCUUCAUUUUGCAGAUGAGCCUCGCCAGUUAUUUUGGGUCAAUACUAUGUCUUAAGGUUAUAGAGCACAAAUGGAUUGCUUACCAAUUCAAUUAUGUUAAUAUUGAUAGUUUACACAGUAUGGAAUUUUCAAUUAGGGGUAAUACCUUUAGGUCAACUUAUUACGUUUUUACAUUAAAAUAUUUGCUCUGGCAAGAGACCAGUGGACUACUUUCAUAGGCAGUCACAGUCUUCUUUGGGAUGCUGGAAUUGAGAGUCAAGAGUGAGCAAGGAAACAUUCUUGCAAGAUCCUUCCUUGGGUCAGCACAGACAACCCACGUUCAAGUAGAGGGAGUUCCCGCUUUCUUUUUUUUAUACAACCUGCUCCUUGUUGUCUUCCUCCUCCCAUCCCAUUCCCCUGGAACCUCAAGUAUCUGUAGUUAUCAAUCCAGCAAUCGGAACAGUCAGGGGAAAAUGUCUUGCGGCCCCUGGAAGCCCUAAUGGGCAUUCGCAAAUUCGCUUGCUGAUUCAGGUGCCCCUGGCUGCAACAAAAGGGGUUCCCAGCAGCCUCCAAGAAGCUGUUACUUAUGCUGCUGUGUGGAGAAUUAAGUGAACAACCAGGGCUGUUGCUUAGUGUAUCCAAGCCUUAGUCUAAAUAAGGUAAGAUCCUGCCCGGAUUUGGAUUCCUUGACUUGCAGACUGUGUGGCAUGUAGAAGGCACAUAGAAGCCUGAUUGAUGCAUGUAGUACCUUCUAUGCACAAGGCUAUUCCAGACUGUUAUGCCUUACUGAGUUUCCUCUCUUUGUGGUUGUUGCACAGACGGUAGACUGGAUUGAGUUUGUGGCAUUUUUUCCUGUGCUGGUAAUUAUUCCUAGUAACUUUAUCUGCUACAUCCCUUCAUAUGCUGUUGCUUUUAUUUCUCUACCACGAUCGCCCCCUGCCACUGGCUCUUGCAGGCAUUAUUUUAAAAUUGGGAUCAGCCUGGUUCUCUAAAUUUAACCUGCAGUCCCCUGGUGUUUCUGUGUUUUACUGGUUUAACUGGUUGGAAGAGGAAAGCUAGUAUAACUUCCCCAAAACAUUUCAUUUAGCGCUGUGGCUGUUAAUGACUCCAACUCCUUAGCAUCCCCCUUUCCAUUGUCUUCUACAGCGUCAUCCUGCUAUUUAAUCUCAUAGUUUUGCACCCAACUCUUCAUUUCUAACUUGAAUACAGUUGUUCUGAUAGCUCUCAUAACGCAUGCUGCUUCUUUCACAGUGCUGUCAUCUUGUGAUCUCUUCUAGGUUCCAAGGGCUGGGUCCAACAGUGAUUGUGUGCCCAACCACAGUGAUGCAUCAGUGGGUGAAGGAGUUUCAUACUUGGUGGCCUCCGUUUAGAGUUGCAAUUCUACAUGACACGGGCUCUUACACCAAUAAAAAGGUACCUGCUCAUUCAGGAUGCUGCAAAUCCAGACCUUUCUCUGCUGAAUAGGAACAGUUUGCACUUCUUUCUUUCAAAAGUGUCGUGAGAAUUUUGUUGCCAGCACUGAAGAUAACCCUUGAAGUUUUAGCUUUGCUCCCUCCCUCGCAGUGUUAAAUGGAACGCAUGUUUUCCCCCAUGAAACACCUUGAGAGUUUUUGUUGCUGUGUGACAUUGAGCGAGCUGUAUGGUGCAGUGAUUCAGCAUCAGUGAAAGCCCAGCCCAUCAGGGCCUCCAUUUUUAUAACCCCCCCCACUCCUCCCUCCACCUGAAGAAUUUAAGAACAAAACACAGCACAGAGGGCAUAGCAUCUCUGCUAUAGGUUCCGUCAUACACAAAGGCCACCUUUUUAAAGAUACUUAUAGGGUUGCUACUUUUAUAUCAGUGCUUUCGUUCAGCACCAAGGUCUGUGAGUUGGGUGCCCCAGCAAAUAGUUUUCUAUGGAACUUGUUGCAGCAAGGUGUCCUGCCUGGGGUUAUUUUUCUAAAAAACAACAACCCCAAGCUUGCUCUUUUCUCCCUCUCCCUGCUGCUUCUCCACUUGGAAUUGCCCUAGCUUCUGUUGCACAUGCAUACAUGCUUUCCGCAGUUCAGCCUUUAGAUCAGUGAUUAGUUAGGCUGGCCUUCCCUGUGCAGCUGGACUUGGCACCAUUCCCUUGAUCUCACCAUUCCCAUGCCCCUUGCAGACUUUACCAGGGUCUUCCCGUCUUCAGGGAGCACUUGCCCAGGAAACCUGCAGCUGUGCAACCUCCUGAGUGCUAAUCUUGUGAGUUUGGGGGCAACGUUGCAGACGCCUGGGUGAACUCUUGGGCUCUUGAGCAUCUUGUUUAUUUAUCUAGAACGGUUAUGGGCCACUUCAUAUUCCAGAAAGAUCUCAAAAGUGGCAUGCAAGAUAAAAAUACAAAAUCAUGCGCAGUCUUAAAUAUAUUGAAAAACGGGUCCAACAAAAUUGCACUAUGGUGUGGCUCUCGUAGCUGUAAUCAUCCUUCUGGAAAUGCCCGGGUAAGCAUAAAAGUUUGAAGCAGGUAGAAGCACAAAAUUGUCGGCGUCUGUCUGAUAACGUGAUGAAGUGCAUUCCACAAAGUAGGGGCUGUAAGAGCAAAAGCUCCACUCUGUUAUUGAGAAUCAUUGCCGCAUAUAGUGAUCAGCGUCGGUGGUGUUUCCAUGAUACUAUUGCACAUCAUAAUUAUUUACCUAGACUAAUAACUUAUUUAUUAGUCUGGAGAGAUCGAAAACAUGAGCCUGGGGCGAAUGAUACACAGCAGCGAAGCGGCUGGAGUCUCCACUCCGGGAGCUCGCACAUCCGCACUAAGCCCAUGGUGAAGCUUGGAGUGACGUGUUGCGAUAUAUACACAAAUGGAUCAGUCUGAUAAAUUGUGCUGAUAGUUUUCUGAGGUUUAGCUAAGUUGGUGUUGUCGCCUCUGAGGAUCUCGUUUUAUCCGGGAAGCACUGAAACCUGCACAACGGCUCAUCUGCAAAGAUUAUUGUUUAUUUAAACACACCCGGACCCCUCGUCUUCUCACCUGCAAUUUUCCUCCAUCGCUACUGCCCUUUUGCAAGUUAAUACUAAACAAGACAACUGUACUGUUAGGAGGUUAGCUGGCAGCAGGAGUGAGCCAAGCUGAAAACCAGACAGGUGGGCUAGUCAACCAGCUGGCCAACCACUUAAUUCCAGAACUUAAGCAUCACAUUUGAUGAUCACAGGAAUUGUGGCUUUUUUCCGGGGGGAGUGGGGAACGAUUCUUCUAAGCCCAAACACUUCCAGAGUAAAAUGACAGGGCAAACUAAGCUCCCUCCAGCUGUUGGUUAUCCCUCCGCAGUGGUAAGGGAUGGGGGAGCGGGAGAGUUGUUUGUGAAGCUGGAGGAAGUGGCUGGGAACGGGGUUUAAUUAAACAUAUGCCAUCUUGGUUUUGUGAGCAUUCAUUGCAAAUACUCACAGAACUCCCUUAGGGUAGUUUUGCCCCAUGUAUUUACAAAGGGUUGUAUCUAAUGCCGUGUAUACACAGUCCCACUCGCACAACGGACUUCCCUUCCAUUUCUCUCCGCAUGCGCCAUCAAAAUCUUCUCCGUAGGGUCCUCUGAUCCUCUGGAGCAUUGCGCACGGGGGCAGUAGGGGGAAUUCCAUUGCACAAGUGGAAGUCUGCUGCGCCAGCAUUGGAUAGGACCCAAAGAAUUGAAUACUGAAGAGAGCAGGGGGAUGUUCACCAGUCCCUGUAAAUAUUCUCCAAUGUUCUACGGACAUGGUUUGUUGGCAUGCCCAAGAGCUGGGAAUUUACUGAACUACGGUAGGGGAAGCUUCUCAGGAUUCUGUUGAGAAAAUUGUAGACAGCACAAAGAUUCCAUGUUCCGUUUAUGAGCGCACACCAGUAUAUUGUUUACAUACUUGUAAAUAUGUGCCACAAGCAUAGAAACAAGCCUCCUGUAAGGCUCUCAAAGGCCACGGAGGGUUUUGCCCACUAGCUUCACUGAAAUCAGAGGUGGGGAAGAUGUAACACUCCAGGUAUUGCUAGACUGUAACUCCCUGACUGUUGAUCAUGCUGGUGCAACUCGUGGGAGUUGGAGUGCAACAAAAUCUGGAAGGUGCCCCCAUUGGCUACCCCUGAUUUUUUCAGCCGGAACUCAGUUCUGGCACCUCUCAGAUGGGUUCCAGCACCUUUCAGGUGGGUGCUAUUGCUAUUCUUAGAGAAUGAGGUGGGCGUUCAUGGUGAAUUCAAGCACCUAUUUUUCUAGAAAAAUAGCACUGCAUAUACCCAAUCCUAUUUACCCAAGCCGUUGCUCCCAGCAGCCACCCCAACUGGGUCUUAAAACGGGCAGGACUUCUCUCUGAUAAUUCAGCAGCAUUAGCUGUUUGUGAGUAUUCAGUUCUCGAAAUGUCAUAUGUGUUGAUUCCUGAGCUUAAAGCUGUUGGUUUUCAUUAUUAUCUGAAGCCCCUUCCCACCCACUUUCAAAAGGGGCCAAUAUUCUGUUUAGCUAUAGCAGGGUUUCCCAAACUUUGGGUCUCCAGCCGUUUUUGGACUACAACUCCCAUCACCCCUAGCUAGCAGGACCAGUGAUCAGAAGUGAUGGAAAUUGUAGUCCAGAAAGAGCUGGGGACCCAAGUUUGGGGAAACCUGAGCUGCAGAAAGGAUUGUGAGCAUGGUGCCCUCCUGAUCUGGGCACCAGCAGAAUAUGGACAUAAGGUUACAAAGGGAGCUUACUAUCUGAACAGCUCGGAAGAGGUCAGGCUAAGCAGUAGAAGGAGGCUGAGAAAAGAGAUGUCACUACGACAGAAGUCGGAGGAAGAGUGGAUAGAGGAUACUGUGGCACCGUAGGGUGGCACUUCUCAUUUAGUAGCACACAUCUCUGUGAAAUCCUUGACCUCUGUUUUGUUCUCUCACCAUUCGUAUCUGCUCCCAAAGUGCAUAAAUCCCUUUGCAGAAACUUCAUUAAGUGCAGAGUUGAGGCAUAAGGCUGGCACAAUUUCAGUGCCAGAAGGCAUAUUGAUGUAAAGUUAAGCAGUUCCUUCUCUCAGUAGCCCUCUCUCUAAAGCAGAGCUGAAGUUAGAGUAGCAUGUGCAGUAUUUCUUCAGCCCUUUAUUUUUCUUGACAAAAUAGAUUUUAGAAUAGCACACCUACUACGUUGACCCUUUCGCUCUGUAGAGUUUAGUAUAUGCUGUCGCAGUUAUUACUAGGUAGCCUAGGAGCUCUUCCUUAUGUCUUGGGGUACGGUGGUGGAAGCAGGUUCAAAAUACACUCAUGCUUAAAAGCAUUUAUUCAGUAAGGUAGAGGGGGAAUUAGGGCACCAAACCUUUGCCCCUUUUCCCACAAAACCAUAUGUCUCAUUACAAAAGUUAAAGCAUUUAUGGGAUUGCUCUGGCUUUCACCCGCGCACCUGCGAUUUUAGCUGCCAUCCUCAUUUAACCUGACGAUAGAAGCUGAAAACCUGACUGUUUUUCCAUCCCAGAUUCUGGCUACUUCAUAAUGCUUAGACUUAUCCCAUCCUGCUUUUCUGUGUCAGAAGUGAUUGAAAUGGCUGUAAAAGGCUGUAGUUGUGGAAACUGAAUUUUAAGAGAAGAGAAUAUUAAAAGCCCUCGCCUGUGAUGUUAGGAGGAAGGUAUGUGUUUGCCGGUCAGUUCCUGGGUAGAAACGGGCAACGAUGAAAUGAAAUGCGGAAGCAGACGCGUCCUUAGAGCACAACAUUGAAUAUGCUUAUAAAUUAUCGGAGAGUUCUGUCGGGGUGGACCACGAGGUCCCUCUGAGCUCUGCAAAUCCCUUUCCCUUUACAGAACUCAACAGACUUUCGUGUGGCAAAGCUUACAUUACCUUAACCUGAACUGGGGGAAGUGGUUGGUGAUGAAUUGCCUUUCUGUGUUUUUCCUUCAUUGUCAGCACAAAUCCUUGUUUAAUAAAAGAUUUGGCUUGAAGGAAAUUUUAAUUAAUUACAGGUUCAGUAAAUCCUGAGUAGGACUCUGCUGUGCUGUGUCUACAGUGAAUGGCCUUCAUGUGCCUUGUGUUUUUACUCCUGUUCUCUCUGCUGCCUGACAGUGUGAUUUAUGGCUGUUGUUUUCUACCACUACACUGUUUGCCCUCUAGGAGGGAUUGGUCUCCUGAGCCCCCAUAAUAACAGGAGCACUUUCACAAAACAUCUUUUAAUGACAACAUUGCAGCAGCCUUCUGUAAGUCAGGCUAAUUGCAGACAUACCCUAUUAAUUGCAAAAUCUAGGAGAGGUUACAUAUUUUACAAGCUUUUAAUUUGAAAUCGCCUGAGAUGAUUUGUCUUAAGUGUUUGAGUAGAGAUGCCUGUAGUAUUCUGCAGUAGACCAUUGCUAGGAAAUAGAUGCAAUGAAUGUGGGUUGCAGUGGGGGCUUAAAAAUAUCAGAUUUUACUAUAGGGGCAAGAGAGUCUGUUUUUUACCUCCAUAGUAAACUGAAUCUGUUAAUUUCAUUAACUAGUGAUCAUACUUUCUCCUUUUGGAAAUACGAUUCCUUACAAAAAUAGACAUUUGGCAUUAGAGAUCUUUUCUAGCAGUAUCAGAUUCAAUAACUAUUCAUGAAAAUUAGUCUCCUUUUAAAAUAAAUAUGUUUUUUUCCCUUUCUGUUAAAAAAGACAUUUUAAAAAAAAUUCAAGUCCUAGUCUGUUCGUUCCUCAGGAAGUUGUAAGGGGAGGAAGAGGUGAUAGUGACACAGCAGCAAAUCAAGUUCAUGUAGCACAGCAAGUUCUCAAUUUGCUGCUCUGCUAUAUUCAUAGUGCAUUAUCAGUGCUUUGUAGUUCCCUACUGUGACUCGCUCAACUCUAUGUGAGGCAGCCCAGUAUCCUUACUUGCAUACAUGAUGCUGAAGCCAAAGUGGAUGUCUUAACUUACAGUGUUCAUGCUUUUUUUAGGGAAGGGGAAGAGAUACAAUUGAAUUUGUUAGUCCCUUAACUCAUACCUUGGAAUGGAGGAUUGUUCCGUCCUAGAUUUGGCUUUUCGGGACUUGCUAUUUCCCCCCUUGCAAUAUUGGAAUGAAAGGUGUUUAUUUUAAUGCGCGCUUAAGUCCUGUGACAAGUGUUGCCGUGUUAGUGCUGCCCGGGACAUUGAUUAUCCAAAACAGUACUUUCUUUACGGACUCUCAUAGUUUCAGUAAUUGACAACGUAUUGUUCUCUUUGCAGGUAAAACUGAUUCAGGAAAUUGUAGCAUGUAGCGGCAUUCUGAUAACCUCCUACUCUUACAUUCGCAUGCUGCAAGAUAACAUCCAUGGUUACGGUUGGCAUUAUGUGAUUCUAGAUGAGGGACAUAAAAUUCGUAAUCCAAAUGCUGCAGUCACGGUUGCUUGCAAACAGGUAAGAAUCUUUAAAAACAAAAGCAUUUCGAUUGGUUAAAUUAGUGAUAAACUUGGUCUUAACGCUUACUUCAUUCUUAGGCCAGGUUUCAAAGACUUCGUGUCAUGUGUAAAAUUUUGGUGGCAUUUGCACUUUUCUGUAUUUUAUUAUGACAUGAAUAUGCUUCUCCCUGCAUUUACAGUUCUGCACUCCUCAUCGAAUUAUCUUGUCUGGAUCACCUAUGCAAAACAACCUAAAAGAGCUGUGGUCCCUCUUUGACUUCGUAUUUCCAGGAAAACUAGGGACACUUCCUGUCUUCAUGGAGCAAUUUUCUGUUCCAAUAACCAUGGGAGGCUAUUCCAAUGCCUCUCCAGUUCAGGUAAAGGAUGCAAUUCUCAGAAAAUUGAAAAAAGCUCAGUUCCAGGCCAUGUUCUAACACAGUCACUAAAUGUCCUAUCAUCUCCUGGACAGUUAACAUUAAAAAAAUAAAACAGUAAACAACAAAGAGAAUCCUAAAAAUUGUGCAGAAUAAAACCACAAUUCAAAACUAAUUAAAUAAGACUUAGAUCUCUGGCUAAUGAAGACAUGCUAUUACUACUAUUAUUUACUGGAUUCCUAAUUGUGCCCUUCAUCAGACAAUCCAAGGCUGAGUUUACAUAUAACAGACAGUAAAAACUAUUGCAUACAAAAUACAAAAAUCAGGUAAAAAUUAACAAAAGUGCUAAUAGGCACUGAAAAAAAAUUGAGCCAUCAUAACAUAGUGACCGAAUGUCUUACCUCACCCCCUGCCAAAGAGCUGAGCAAACAGGUACAUCUUCAUUUGCUACUGAAAAGGUAAAUGAUGUUUGUGCCAGAUGAACCCCAGAAGGAUGCAUUUCAGAGAUGGUGCCACCAUCAAGAAGACCCCGUCCCACACUGCUGUCCCACAAACGUCAUCUGAUGAUAGAACCACAGGAGGCCUCCCCUAUUGAUCUAAAUGAAUGAGCAGGAUGAUAUGGAGAGCCUUGUUAAUUCCAAACUGACCACAUAAGGCCAUCCACCAUUUAGUACAUGAAGAAAUGCAAGAGAAUUACUGGAUAGCAUAAUAUACAAAGACAGAUUCUAUAGCAGGGUAUCUCAGGCGCAGUGACCAGUAUCCAAGCAGUCACUCACGUGCUUCGAAUGAGAGGUUUUGCCAAGGGAGCGUUGAACUUUUACUCUUAACAGCAAGGCCCACGUCACUUGACAGACUGUUUCUGAACACAGUUUGUAGUCACACCAAAGUCCUUUUUAAAAUGAUGUCCGGUGGAGUUAAUAUUCUUUUUCCCUCUGAGGGCAGGAGAGGGGUUUUCAACUUCACUUAGCUUCAUUUAGUUUCCCAGAUUGCUCACAGUUAUAGACUUGAUUGGUAGACUCACCGAGUCUGCUGAUUUUGAAUUCUUUAGACACUUCCCCACCCCCAAUCCCUCUUUGUAAACUCACAUAUUACUACCAGGCCAUUUUUUGUUGUUUUCCGGAUGUCCACGCUCCUCACUUUUAACUCACAAACUUGUGUAAUUUGUCCUACCUUGGGCUUCUCCUGAAUAUAGUGAACUUCCUACCUUAUUUUUGGGUGACCCUAUUUUGAUUCCAGAUUGAUAGGCACCUAGCUGCACUGCUGGAGGGAAUGGCACAUGUUCAAGUGGGGUUUGCUGCAAUUCUAUGUAGUUUUUAUUUUUAUGUCAAAUAAAUUCCACCAACUAAUUUUAAAGUGAAUGGAGAAUGAUUUGCUGUUAGUUUAGAUCUGUGGUUCCCAACCCCCACAGGGGGGCAAUUUGAUUUUUAAGGUGGGCAACAGUUAAUGGCCUUUUAGGCUUCCUCCACGUGAAUAGGAGUUCACUUUUUGAAUAAGAAGAAUUAUAUGUCGGGUGGGGGUGGAUCAGGAAUUUAGAGAUGCUUAGGUGGGGCAUGGCCCAAAGAAGAUUGGGAACCACUGGUUUAGAUGCAGCUGGUGCCCGUAUGAGUUUUUUUUAAUGUACAUGCAAACAGACAUAAUAAGUGUGCAAAAUAUCAGCAUGAUAACCUACCCAAAGUUUUCACUAACCGGUGAAGUAUUUUAUCUUCCAAAGUACAUUAAAAUAAAUAUUCAGUGUGGUGCACUGGUUGGAGUGUUGGACAGACCAGGAGAACCAGGGUUAGGAUUUCUAGUCAAUCAUGAAACCUAACAGGUAACCUUUGGGUCAGCGUACUUUGAGCCUAUCCCACGUCACAGUUGUUUUUGCGAGAGGAUAAAAUGGAAUAAGCCCCAUGCGUAUAAUGCUGAGCUCUUAGUGAGAAGUUUGGGGUAAAAUGUGGAAAGCAAGUAUGAUUAAUAAACUAGCAUUGGUGUUGUUUUUUCCCUUUCAAAAGGUAAAAACAGCAUAUAAGUGUGCUUGCAUUUUACGGGACACAAUUAAUCCCUAUCUGUUGCGGAGAAUGAAGGCGGAUGUUAAAAUGAGCCUGUCACUACCGGAGAAAAAUGAGCAGGUAUUGUUUGACUCUAUAUUUUGCACCCCAAAAUUUUGCACCCCAAAAUUUAUCUGAGAGGCUACAAAAUUAUCUGAGAGCCAGUGUGGUGUAGUGGUUAAGAGUGGUAGUCUCGUAAUCUGGGGAACCGGGCUCGUGUCUUCUUUGAAGUCUCUCAGCCCCACUCACCUCACAGAGUGUUUGUUGUGGGGGAGGAAGGGAAAGGAGAAUGUUAGCCGCUUUGAGACUCCUUAAAGGGAGUGAAAGGCAGGAUACCAAAUCCAAACUCUUCUUCUUCUUCUACAUGUGAAGUUAUGCUUUGAGCAGCUCACUGCGUGUCUACGGUGGGAAGUCACAAGGAUAACCAUAGCACUUUGCCCCACUUGCUUUCCUGUUGCUUCCUCGUGACACACUUCCACCAAUUUAAUGAAUUCUGACCUCGUAGUAAAAGAUUUGGGUUGUAUCCAAUUCUGCUGUUCCAUUCAUGCAACAGACGUCUGCUUCUAAUGAUGGAACUUCCCCUUACUCCGCCCUGAGAAAGGUUGGGUUUUUUUUUGCAAUAUUUCUUUUCUUGUCGGAUCUAAGCUUAUUUGGGUACUUUAAGAACACGAAAUAAAUUAUGUAUAACUGUGUUGCAGCACAGGUUGAUAUUAGCAAGCAGGAGAACUCUGCAGAACUCACAAUAUAGAAUUAAGUAAGAUUUCCCCUUGAGGACCAAGGGUGAGGAAAUUCUAUGUUGUGGCUGCGACUCGUGACUUUUAACAGAUGAUGAGCCCAGGGGCUGGGAAAGUCUCCACAGAGAUGCUAAUCCCUGCGAUAAAAGCAAAACCUAUGCCAGUUCAUAGAUCGUGAGCUCCUUGGGGAAAGAUCUGUAUUUUUCAUUCAUGUUAAGUAUAGCUCCAUACUUUCUACAUGUAAUAAUGUCUGCAGUGUCUCUUUUUUAGGUACUGUUUUGCCGUUUGACAGAUGAGCAGCACCAAGUAUACAAAACGUUUAUUGAUUCCAAAGAGGUUUAUCAGAUUCUCAAUGGAGACAUGCAGGUCAGUGCAAAGAAAGAAAUUGGCAUGCCAAAUAGCACGAAAGGAAAAAGUUCAUCUUUUCCAUUUGCUGUCAAACAGCUUAGCAGAGCACUAGCAGAGAGUUAGUUAGUAGGCAUGAGAAGUUAACAGAACUGACAACAUAGCAUAUUUACCUUUAUAGUUUUCAAAGAAGUCCUUUAAAUUCAGGCUGGCCAACGUCUUCAGUCUAAGGAGCUGCAUUUUCAUAUACCGUAUUUUUUGCACCAUAACACUCACUUUUUUCCUCCUAGAAAGUAAGGGGAAAUAUCUGUGCGUGUUAUGGAGGGAAUGCCUACGGGUGGCAUGCCUACGGAUUUUCCUCCUCUAAAAACUACGUGCGUGUUAUGGUCGGGUGUGUGUUAUAGAGCGAAAAAUACGGUAGUUCAUAUGUCUCAGUGAAAACAAGCACUGUAGGAAGAGAAGCAGAGGAGUGGUGGUGGAAUAGAAAGAGGGAAUUCUGCAGCCAGUAUCUUUGGCAGUGCAUAACUUAUUUGGCAUGAUAAUUAUAGUAGUUUUAUUGAGGGAGAAAUAAACGUCUCUCGUAGGCCUGGGAGAUGUAUCAGUGCAUUGCCUGAAACCGGUUUAAGGUUAAAAUUGUGAGAGCGAUUUCAGAAUUUCCAAUCCGGCAAUGUAUCGCAAGUCCCUGCUUGUGCCAGCAGCGUUGCGCACUUCAAUAGGCCACCUGAUGUUGCCCACUCGCCCUCUGCGGCGCAGCUACCAGCCUUGGGAGCGGUGCUUGCCUGCCAGCCUGCCAGCACCUUCGUAUCUUUUUCUGGCUGUGCGAGCACUGGCAGGCUGCCUCCUCCCUCCCUGGCACUGGCAGGCUGCCUCCUAUAUAUAUAUAUAUAUAUAUAUAUAUAUAUAUAUAUAUAAAUUUUUAUUAGUUUUUUUUUAAACAUAUCAUUUUCAACAGUAAUUAAACAUACUUUUACAUCUUAUUCAAUUUUUUGACUUCCAUCAAUCCUGUCUGAAAAUUUUCCAAUCUAAUCUCUCUGUAUGCAUUUCUUAUCUUCCCUAUUACAUUUCAAACUCAUAACCAAUAUCUCUAUCUUUUUCUACUUUGUAACACUUCGUACAUUUCUCCUUACAAAACUUCUUGUAGUCUUACUAGUGUAAUAUGUUGAUUACAGUUGCUCUUCAAAUAAUUCAUAUACUUCUUCCAAUCUUCUGUAAAUCUCUGGUCCCGCAGGUUUCGAAUCCUUCCUGUCAUUUUGUCCAAUUCUGCAUAGUCCAUUAAUUUCGUCUGCCAUUCUUCUUUCGUUGGAAUUUCUUCUUGUUUCCAUUUCGCCUCCUCCCUCCUUGCACCAAGCAGAAUGGUGGCUCCCGGUAGCCACUUCUUAAGCAGCAAGCGGCUGUCGUCAGGACGAGCCACAGCUGGCGGUUCCAGGGAGAUGGGCAGCUCCGCAGUGCCAUGCCAUGCGGUACUCGGGCUUAUAGGCUCCGCCCCGGGCAGCACUGCCUGCCCAGGCUCACCAGGAAGAAGCAGAAGUUGCGCACAGUGACACCAAUCGUCUGCGUGGCCAGCAGCUGCCUUUUCCCUCCCCACUUUCUUUCCUCCUCCCAGAUACCAUAAUAUACUGCAAAGUUUAGCUGGUGAUAUGUUACGAUAUAAGAGCCCUAGUCUCUUGUUGAAAACCUUCUUCCAGUAGCCGCUUGCUUUCAUUCUGAUCUGUUAUGCCGGCUUAAAUGUGGAAGGACCGGAACAUGCAGAGAAUAAACAUUUGGCUGUCCUCCGUGUAGAUUUUCUCCGGAUUGGUGGCCCUGAGAAAGAUCUGCAACCACCCAGACCUCUUUUCCGGUGGUCCUAAAAUUUUGAAGGGUGUCCCUGAUGAAGAAUUGAAGGAAGAAGACCAUUUUGGAUUCUGGAAGCGUUCCGGGAAAAUGAUAGUUGUAGAGUCUCUGCUGAAAAUAUGGCACAAGCAAGGCCACAGAGUACUUCUCUUUACUCAGUCUCGGCAGGUAAGUCACACUUUGCAUCUUCUCUGUCUCAAGUCCACAGCUGUGACCUGAUGCUGCACGCUAGAAAGUUGCCUGCAGAAUCCUCCCAGAAAGCAAUGUUUUAAAGCCAAGGGGCAAGGUUCUGUGUAGUUCUGAUCGACAUGCCUGGGGAAUAUGCACAUGUGUUUUUGUUUAUAUUUUCAAAUAAAUACAUGAUAACAAUACAGUGGUACCUCGGUUUACAAACUUAAUCUGUUCCGAAAGUCCGUUCUUAAACCAAAGCUGUUCUUAAACCAAGGCGUGCUUUCCCUAAUGAGGCCUUCCAUUUGUAAACCGAGGUAAAGUUCACUAACCAGAACACUACUUCCGGUUUUGCGGAGUUCGUAUACCGAAUAGUUCGUAAACAGGGCUGUUCUUAAACCGAGGUGUGGUUGGCGCUGUGGUCUAAACCACAGAGCCUAGGGCUUGCCGAUCAGAAGGUCGGUGGUUCGAAUCCCUGCGACGGGGUGAGCUCCCGUUGCUCGGUCCCUGCUCCUGCCAACCUAGCAGUUCGAAAGCACGUCAAAGUGCAAGUAGCUAUAUAGGUACUGCUCCAGCGGGAAGGUAAAUGGUGUUCUGGUUCACCAGAAGCAGCUUAGCCAUGCUGGCCACAUGACCCGGAAGCUGCGGACAAACACCAGCACCCUCGGCCAAUAAAGCGAGAUGAGCGCCGCAACACCAGAGUCAUCUGCGACUGAACUUAACGGUCAGGGGUCCUUUGCCUCUGUAUUGAGAAAAAGAAAAAUAACAGGGUACAAUUUAGCAAGAUACGUAGUAGAUAAAUAGAUGCAAAUUUCCAACAUAUAACCACCUAAAGAAUUCAGAUAGAAAUGCAUAUGCCAAUUGCUUCCAAUACAUAAAAUAUUUCAGAAUCUUCUCAACAAUGUGUGUGGAUUUACAUUUUCUUGCACUUCUUACACCUGUUUUCAAUGAUGAAAACUAGAUUUUUCAACAAAGAGAUAAGAUUGCCUUGCUUUUAUGACUCUGUUGAUCAGUUUUACCAUUCCAGUGUUGGAGUCCUUCUCCCCCCCCCCCCAAAUUAUAACAGAUAGUUGCUCAUGCCACUGUCAAUAUAUAUUGAACAAUUUCCCUGACAUCCGGUAGCACCAAGCCUUUAAUAUACCUAAAUAAGAUAGCUAUUAAUUGAAUUAACUGGAGUUUUUUAAAAAAAUAGGAGUAAAAGUGAAUCUUCCAUUUUUAAGUCCAUUAGAUAAUAAAUAAAAUCAGGUUUUGGUACUUUAGUAAGAGCAUUCCCUACUCUAAUUUCAGUUGCACAUACCAACUUUGGUUAGACCUGAAUUUUAAUUUGUGGCUGAAAAAUGUCCUACUUAGAACCUGCUGUGAAUUUAUUAGGCAUGAGUAGGCAGAAACAAUUUCUGUACGAGAGAAGUGUUUAAAUGUAUUUUUCUGUUUUUAUAUUGUAAACCACCUUGUGAUCUUCGGACGAGUGGCAGUAUAGACAUUUAAUAAGUCAUCAUCAUCAUGAUUUCUGCCAUUAGUUUUUAUGCUGUACAGUGACUGUUUUGAUUUUGUUUUCCUGCUCAGCAUAAAUCUUUUCCCCCUCAAUUUUUCAGAUGCUGCACAUUCUCGAAGCGUUUCUAAAGCAGAGAAGCUAUUCCUAUCUCAAGAUGGAUGGCACCACAACAGUGGCAUCAAGGCAACCCCUUAUUACAAGAUUUAAUGAGGUAAGAAACUCUGGAUCAGCCAGGUGGUCUCUGAUCUUCAUUGGAGAAGCAUGGGAUUUAGCAUUCAGUUUGGUAAGGGUUAACAAGAAGAGCAAGACUCAGAUGAAAAGACUUGUUGGAAACUUCUGGAACUAUACACAGGUGCAACAUUCCCAACAUAUUUUGAAUGAGGGAUUACUCAAAAUAAUAAAACAUUUACCAGAUUCCGAUAAUAACUAUAAUUAUUGUUGUUGUUAUUGUUAUUGCUGUUGUUGCUGCUGCUGCUACAUAACAGGAAAGGAUGAGAUUUGAAGAUGCACCAAUAUUUAAAAUUAAAGUUACAGUGGUACCUUGGUUCUCAAACAGCUUAGUUGUCGAACAAAUCGGCUCCCAAACACUGCAAACCCAGAAGUGUUCCAGUUUGCGAACAUUUUGCGGUAGCCAAACAUCCACCGCGGCUUCCAAUUGAGUGCAGGAAGCUCCUGCAGCCUAUCAGAUGCUGCGCCUUGGUUUGCAAACAGUUUCGGGAGUCAGACGGACUCCCGGAACGGAUUAAGUUUGAGAACUACGGUACCACUGUACUGUGAUUAUUAUUUAUCACUUCCAUAGCUCCUAAAUAGUUUUUAAAACUGCAUAAAUUACCCACCCACCCUUUGAAUUUCAAGCCUGGCAGGGUUUAAAUUUAUUUUCACAGUUCAGACGGAACAAUGAAUAAAGGUUUUCCUUCAACCUAUUCUGUUCACUUCUAAUGGUUGCCAUGUCACAACAAUUAUUUGAUCAGCUUAUAAUAAUUCUUAGCACUUGAAGUUUGCAGAUGUUUGGCUUUGCUCCUUCCAACGCACAUGCAAAUAACUAUGUUUGUUAUAUGUGAAUCACAGGCGUAAGUUAGUUUUAGCUUUAUUUUAGUGGAAUUUGUUCCCAAGUAAAAACGUUUAGGAUUUUACAGCCUUGGGCAGCCAAGAAGCACGUCCACUGCAUCCAUAGGCUGGAAAGACCUGCAAACGCAUUUUAAAACUUUUCCUAAAUGUACCUUGUGGUGUAUGUAUUUACAGGACGAAUCCUUAUUUGUAUUCCUACUUACCACUCGAGUCGGUGGGCUUGGUAUUAACUUGACGGGUGCAGACAGAGUGAUUAUUUAUGACCCCGACUGGAAUCCCAGCACAGACACUCAGGUAGGUUUCAUGGAAAAGAAUAUUAAAUCUGAGAUGUACAGUUCAACAUCUGCUUUGAGCCAGGAUGUCUUAACUUUGACCAUUCAGAAGCAUGCAAGGCUCAGGAUGUUUAACUGCUGUGGCUUUCCAGUCUGCACAUCCAUGUUGAAGAUGUUUUAGCCAAAUGUGCUUAGAACCACUCACAUCUCUUCCUUUAGAAAAUGUAGCUGUGGGAAUCCUGGUCUAGUUUUUAAUCACAGUGCGGAUGGAGCAGGAUUUAAUCCUCUCCCCCUGAACUAUUUUCAUGCCAAAAAUUGGCUCUGUUACAUGCUCUUCUUAGCACUUGAACUUUGCAGAUGUUUGGCCUUGCUCCUUCGAGCAAGUUACAUGCUAUUUACCUUCUUGAGAAGGUUUGGGGUAGGAAGGCAGCAAAGUGGGAAGGAUGAACACACCUUCCUCUGCAGUAUUGAUCUGAAUUUGGGGUCACAUGUCUGCUUCUUUUUCUAAAGGCGGCAAUGCGGCUGCUUUUAAGCACAUUAGUUAAGGUUUUUAAUUAGGUCUGGCUCCCGGAAUUUUGUGUCUGAAAAUGCCGUUUGCAAAACACUUCUUUGUAUUCUAGGCUCGCGAACGUGCUUGGAGAAUAGGCCAAAUGAGAGAAGUAACCGUGUACAGACUUCUUACUGCUGGUACUAUCGAAGAAAAGAUUUACCACAGGUGAGUGGCACACUCGCAUUGGCUUGCUAGUGUUUCACCAGGUGCAGCUCUGAGGAACAGCAUUUAUUUGUAUUUUGCCGUUUUCCCCCCCUGCUGUGAAACUUAGAGCAGUAUACAAAGGGUUCUCAGGCAGCCUCCCAUCCAGGCACUAACCAGGCUCAAACCUGCUUAGCUUCAGCCGUUUUGCUGCAUCGUGUUCUUUUUCAGCCCAUGCCGACAACAUGUGCAACACGACAAUGUGUGCAAGGAGAAAUUCCAGCCCUGGAUGGGGGGAGGGCUGGGGGAAAGGGGUAUGUCCUGGCUUGUGUGUCACCAUUUGUGCUAAGCAAGGAGCUCAGUGGCAGGACAGGGGCUACUUGGAAGUGCAUGCUGCUUGUGUAUAUCUUGGUGAAGGCAGCUACUUGUUGUUGUUUAGUCGUUUAGUCGUGUCCGACUCUUCGUGACCCCAUGGACCAGAGCACGCCAGGCACUGCCUCCCGCAGUUUGGUCAGACUCAUGCUGGUAGCUUCAAGAACACUGUCCAACCAUCUCGUCCUCUGUCGUCCCCUUCUCCUUGUGCCCUCCAUCUUUCCCAACAUCAGGGUCUUUUCCAGGGAGUCAUCUCUUCUCAUGAGGUGGCCAAAGUCUUGGAGCCUCAGCCUCAGGAUCUGUCCUUCCAGUGAGCACUCAGGGCUGAUUUCCUUCAGAAUGGAUAGGUUUGAUCUUUUUUUGCAAGCCAUGGGACUCUCAAGAGUCUCCUCCAGCAGCACCAUAAUUCAGAAGCAUCAAUUCUUCGACAAUCAGCCUUCUUUAUGGUCCAGCUCUCACUUCCAUACAUCACUACUGGGAAAACCAUAGCUUUAACUAUACAGACCUUUGUCGGCAAGGUGAUGUCUCUGCUUUUUAAGAUGCUGUCUAGUUUGUCAUUGCUUUUCUCCCAAGAAACAGGCAUCUUUUAAUUUCAUGGCUGCUGUCACCAUGCAGCUACUACAUAGCUAAAAAAUGUUCAGUUUGGGGGCUGAACACAAAGCACAUCACACACAAAGGAAGGUCUUUGGAGACAUGGGAAAGAGAAAAGGUGUUCUUUCUUUCUUUCUUUCUUUCUUUCCUUCCUUCCUUCCUUCCUUCCUUCCUUCCUUCCUUCAAAACCACCCCACCCUAUCCCAGAAUGGAUCAACACUUUAAAGGCUGGCAGUAUAGCGUAACAAAAGUUUGCAUGCCCUGGUUCUGUAAAUACUGACACAAACCUGUAUCCGUGGAUCUAGCUUCUUCCAUCCAACAAGCCUUAGGAAGCUUUUUCUGACAGUAGAGAAUAACAUUUGGUAGCCACUUCCAGUAGGGUGGGAGCUGCUUGUGCCUGAAAUAAGCGAUUUAGACAUAAUGAGCAAAACCAUGGUUCAGUAACUGGGAAUCUGCUGUAAGUUUGUAUGGAGCAUAGAUCACUUCCAAGCCAGAAUUAGGGACCUAUCUCAAACCGUAAUAUCUGCGAAUUAUGCUCAGUAACAACCAUAGUUUGUAAAUAGAAAUAUCUAAAUAUAAUUAUCAUGAACCUGGAAGCUGAGGAGGAGCCGUAUUGCUGUUGUUGGCAUCCCUCAGUGGAGUGCACCUCCGGGGGUGAAGUCAAACUGCUACGUUAGCAGUAUGGAGGUCCUGGGCUGCCCAGAUGACAGGACCCCUCUCUUGGCCUCACUGAUGUGGUGUAAAGAAAAGAAAAGCAAUACGUUCUGCAGCAUAUUCCUGGUGUCCUAUCCAUGGUUUGGCUGUGACAUCUAAGCCAGGCCAGUGCACAGCCACAGCUUGUAGGUUUGACACAGGUGACAUAGGUUCAAGUCCCGAAGAAGUUGUUUUUAUUCUAACCAGCCUCUAAGCUUUUAAGAUCAUCACACUUGCCCUCUGUAGGCUGGGGUUUGCUUGGUUCUUUUAUUAUGAGAUGCUGGGAUGCAAAUGUACCAGAAAAAUGUUGGCUCUGUCUCAGGAAGCCCCUGAAGCAGGUACUAUGUGGGUGACUAGUGUGAAUUUAGUGUUAAAAGUUAUCAUUGAUAGGCUUAAUGACGAGCAUAGUUCCCCUCAGUUCCAUAUUCUCUUUUUUUUUUAUUAUAAUUUUUUAAUUGGUUUUUCACAUUUUAUAAAGACAUAACACACACGUAAAAGACAAAGACAAAAAACAUGUAUAAUUUCAGAAAUCUUACUUUCUUAACUUUGGUCCUUGACUUCCCCACCCCCUUCAUACAUCCCAAUUCCCAUAAUUAUGUCAGCAAGUUAUUAUUUUACCUCCUUACCCUGUUAAUAUUACAUCUUUUGUAGAAGAUUAAAUUCUAUCCUAAGUUGGGCUCAGAUUCCCUUCCAUCGAUUUCCCAUUUUUUAUUAAGCAUCAAUCAUAUUGACUAGACCCAAAAAUCGUAAGUGUUUUUAAAAUUCUAUUUUCCCCCUCCCAUCCCCGGUUCGUCCCUUCCCAAGUACAUUUCUACAAUAACAGUUCUUAGCCUGGAUUUCUCACAUCCGAGGCCUUCAAGUCUCUUUCAGUCCCUCUCCGCCGGUUUUGUUGGUAGUCCUUUAUGUUGGUCUUCGGAUCUCGAAGGAGUUCUGUCCCAGUCAAGCCAAAUUUUCUUCCCACAAGAAAACUUAGAGACAACUGCUGCAAAAGUUCCACCAGUCCUUCAUAUUCAGAAUGGAGGCCCCCAUCAUAUUUCUUCUUUCUUUUAAGUUCUUGAAUUCCAAGUACUCCAGGGGCCUCCUCCUUCAUCUUUCGUGAUCUUUUGCAGAUUUGUAAUCCAUGUAAUCCAAGGGUCUUCUUGUUUAUAAUCCACAUGUGUAGGCUUCUGGUUGGUACUUUCCAUCUGUGCUUUCUCCUUUCCUUGUUUAGUCUCCUUCAAUUCUUGAGAUAUCUGUUCCGGUUCAGCUGCAGAUUUUUUCUCAUUCAGAUCCUCAAUACAUUCAGCAGAGCUGCUUAUUCCAGAAGUCAAGGUCGUAAGUUGUUUAUUCAUAGCCAGACUCUGCUCUUGUAAAGUUCCCACAAAGUAACACGUUCUUUCUAUUUCAGCUAGUAAAUUUCCAUCCGCAGCCAUUGUAAUGUCUCAGAAUUCCCCCUAGAGGGAAUCUGGUUACUUAGUAAUCUUUUCCCAACAGUCCUUUGCCUCGUUCUUUGUUUCUUUGUUUCGAACCACUUUAAUUCAAUUGUAUCACAUUUAGUCCAGGGAGAUCUUAAAUAACACGCUUUUUACUUUAAAUUGUCCGUUUGACAGCUUUAACAGCUGUCAAACUCCUUUCCUCUUCAACAGGCUCAAAGGCAGGACGCUCCCGGGCCCGGAAGGGGGUUACACACCACAAGAGAAAACUUCUAACUUCCACUCUUACACUCCAGCUCAAAACUUCUUUUAUCAAAUCGUGAAAGUUAAUGUCUUUUUAACUCACCCCAAAGGGGUAGACUCUCCAACUUAGUUCUCCUGCUAUUGCUUUAAAUCGUCUGCAGAAGGGGGGGGUGCGGACUUCCCUUUAACACAUCCCCCGGUCGUAUCAAAUUCACAGAUAGAUAUUUUAAAGUCCGAAUUCCAAUCUACUCACGGGUUGCUUCUUUCGAGUUCCAAUUUAAGGAAAAAGUCAGUGCUCUUCAGCCAUGGCACACGGCUCCGCUCCGCUGGGGUAGCGGUCUACUCCCAGCACCACGCCGCUUCCGUACUCCUCUCCGUAGCCUUUAAAAAGGCUCUUCGUGGGUCGGGGGCGCUAAGGUGCCCACCGAGUCACCAGGUCCGCAGGCAUCCGCGCCUGCGGUUUUUGAGGGUCUCCGCGUCGCCGUCGCAGCAAGACCCGUCCCCAGCGGAGCCGAUUCCCUCCGGAGCUCGGAGAGAAUCCGCCAUUAGCUGUUCGCACCAACCCGGAAGUCGUCAGUUCCAUAUUCUCACUCCCCUCGAGUUUUUCUUUUAAUAUUACCAUCUCUCUUGCCUUCAGGAACUGAAGCAACUUUUAUUAUAGCUUGUUGGACCCUCUGCCAAACUUCUUACUGGAUUUAGCUUUCUUUCCCCCUUCCUCCUCUUUUAUGGGGAUUUCCUUUUUGUUUGUAUUUUCUGCUGUGGAUAAACAGUGUCUCGUGGGAUAUAUCUUUGGUGUGUCAUGAGAUUAAGUGCAGUAAACUCAUAUGGUUAGCAGUUUGUGGAUUGCUUAAAAAUUACCAAAACAACUCGGAGCAUCCGUGUGAAGCAUGCUGCACUGUGUAAUUUUUCCCUGGGGUAAAAUUUGCAUUGUUAAGUUUAGUGCUUUGAACAGAAAGCAUAUCUUAACACAAAAUUCUGUGUUUUUUUCCAGACAAAUCUUCAAACAGUUUCUAACGAAUAGAGUGUUGAAAGAUCCGAAGCAGAGGCGCUUCUUCAAAUCAAACGACCUCUAUGAACUCUUUACGUUGAGCAGCCCAGAUGGGGCACAAGGGACCGAAACCAGCGCUAUAUUUGCAGGUAUGUCUGAUGAGGAAUUGUAGCAUCUGCACAACAAAACAUGGGAUAGCAACAGCCAGUGAUUUUCUGUGUAAUUCGUUUCAGGCACUGGCUCUGAUGUUCCAACACCCAAAUGGCAGUUAAAGCAUAAAGCUGUGAACUUACCUGAUGCUUCUAAGCGACGGCACCGCCUUGCAGGGCGUACAUCGCCCACAAGCACCAGGCUUCCAGAUUCCUUCUCGGAAAGAGAGCGUGUAAGUUCACCUACUACAGCAGCAGAACCAGAUGAAACAGUCAAGCGCAGCACAGAAGAGUCUCCUUGGAUUUGCAGUCCUCCCAAAAGCAAUGCUCGGAUGACGGCAGCUGCUCCUACAGAUCCAUUGAGCGGAGUGGAAGAGAAACCUUUAGGAUCAGGUGAUGAGGGAGCGCAGUUGGAGAAGAAAGAAGCGCCCGAGAACAUGGGAUGUUUGGAUUCCUUUCCCGUUGGUGAUACAAGCGUAUUUGUUGAAAGUCGGCGUGAUCUCGUACAUGAGAAAAAUAGCCAUUGCCAGGCGCAGGAUGGGAAUGAGGAACCGGAGAAUAAUUGCAGCAAGCACACCUCAAAAACGAAACAUCACAAGCACAGGCCACGGAAGCGGGAACGUUCUCGGGAUGCCAGAUUUGAGGGUCAGCGGAUUCCUCACCUUGUGAAGCAGAGAAAGUACCGAAAGGAGGACAGCGAGGAAGGGAAGCAUCCCAAGAAAGUCGAGGAUUAUGUUUUGGAGAAGCUUUUCAAAAAAUCAGGUAACUCUCUCCUUGUGCAGUAUUUAGCCUGGCACAAGCCCAGAAGGCCCAUUGCGGAUGGCAGCGUGUGCCACCUCUGCUAAAACAUCUGCACUGCCAGAUGUUACCAGCGAGGUUCGAGGUUCUUGUAUUUGUAUAUAGACAAAGCCCUGAACAACGUGGGCCCAGGAUACUUUAAGAACCCACUGAGAUUAGAAGUCACCCCAGAACUGGCCCUACUAAACAUCUUCCAAGACAAUAAUGCCCACUCACAACACAAAGAACUCAUAAUCCACCUACUUUCAGCAUCCAGAAGCAUCAUAGCCAGACACUGGAACGACCUGUCAGGAGUAAGCAUGGACCAAUGGUAUCAAAUAGUAUGGGAAACAGCCUUAUUAGAAAAACUAAUCAACAAACUGAAACUGACAUGGGGACCUAGUAUGGUUACCCUUUAUCACAUACACAGCCCAACAAGACAACAAGAAUCCGCCAACAGCAUACAAAUCAAUCUGGCUAACCUGAUCCAAACACACACACUCACACACAAAAACAAAUUCCACUGCAGCCAAUCAACACUACCUCUCAGAUAUUCAUUAUCUGUUAAUUAGAUGCUUUGGAUCAAGGCUGGCGUGGUAAUUACUAGGAUGUUAUUUCAUCUACCCUCUCUUACAUAUUUAUCACCCCAUGACAAAUAGUCUAGGUAGAAAUCAUUUGGUAAUAUUUGGGGAGUUUCAGGGACCUUCCAUGCUAGGCUAGGGUCACUGAGCAAAAGUUUUUCUUCCCGUAAAAGAGAUACGGGAAAUCUUCAGCAAAGUUGUUUAGUUGUUGUACUUAUCUCUUCUGUUUUGUUAAUCGUGGUAUUGUAGAGUGCUAAUCUUUAGCACUUAGAGCUGUUGUUUUAGAUUGAAAAAUGUCUCAAGGAUUACUGUAAGCUUAGUCCUGUGGCUGCACCAGAAAGAAAUUCAUGGGAGUGCACAGAAGGGGCAAAGUAUAUUUCUAAGUGGGCUAAAGAGAGAAAUUGCAGCAUAUGUUAAUGACAGAGGUUCAGAAAUGGGGGGCAAAUGGUGGGGCAAGAGCUCCUUGUUUGUUUGUUUCCCCCCCAAAAAAAAUUUAUUAGUUUUCACAAUAUUAUAAACAAACAAACACACAAGACAAACAUAAAUCAUAGCCUUAUUGAAAAUUACACUUAUUGACUUUGUUAGGUGACUUCCUCGCUUCCCCUUGAUUGAAUUUCAUUGCAUGUCCUUUUAACGGUUUUCCAAAUCCCAAUUCUUAUGAAAUUUAGCUUAAACAUUUACAUCUUUAAAUCUUCACCUUAUGCAAUUAAACAUAUUAAUUCAUCACUUAACAUAAAUAAAAUCCUAAGCCAAUUAAGUAUCUGCAAGCUAUUUUCAGUUAAUUUAACUUAAGAAAUGUAACUAGAUAAUCAUUAAAUUUAUUCCACUCUUCCUGAUACUCCUCCUCCUUCUGGUCGCGGACUCUUCCGGUUAGGUCGGCUAGUUCUGAAAAAUCCAUCAUCUUCAUCUGCCAUUCUUCUAUUGUUGGUAAUUCUUUGGUUUUCCACUUUUUAGCUAACAAAAUACAAGCAGCAGUUGUAGCAUACAAAAAUAAUUUAACAUCUUUCUUGGGCAAUUCCAAACCUGUUAUUCCAAGAAGAAAGGCGUCUGGUUUCUUUAUAAAUGUGUAUUUCAACAUUUUUUUCAAUUCAUUAUAAAUCUUUUCCCUUGUUUGGGGGGCUUGCUCCCUGCCCCCCUGGCACCACCUAUGCCUAAGCCCCUCCAUUGGUCUUGCAAAAUGUGCUUUCUGUUUUUUAAAGCAAGCCAUGUUCCUCCUUUCUCCCAGGAAUACACAGUGUAAUGAAGCACGAUGCCAUUAUGGAAGCCUCCAGUCCGGAUUACGUGCUGGUGGAAGCAGAAGCCAAUCGUGUUGCUCAGGAUGCACUCAGAGUGCUGAAGAUCUCUCGGCAGCGAUACCAGGGAGCCACUUCUGCUGGUUUUCCAGCAAGAACAAAGUAAUGUCUAUGGCGCCACUUUCAGAUUCAUUGACUUUUACUCGUUUGUAUAUUUGAAGUACAUGGGAUGUGGGUGGCGCUGUGGGUUAAACCACAGAGCCUAGGACUUGCCGAUCAGAAGGUCAGCGGUUCGAAUCCCCGCGACGGGGUGAGCUCCCGUUGCUCGGUCCCUGCUCCUGCCAACCUAGCAGUUCGAAAGCAUGUCAAAGUUCAAGUAGAUAAAUAGGUACCGGUUUGGCGGGAAGGUAAACGGCGUUUCCGUGCGCUGCUCUGGUUCGCCAGAAGCGGCUGAGUCAUGCUGGCCACAUGACCCGGAAGCUGUACGCCAGCUCCCUAGGUCAAUAAAACGAGAUGAGCACCGCAACCCCAGAAUUGGUCACGACUGGACCUAAUGGUCAGGGGUCCCUUUACCUUUACCUUUAUAUUUGAAGUACAGUCGCAUCUUGGAAGCCGAACACCUUGGGAGUCAAACAUUUUGGCUCCCAAACGCCGCAAACCCUGAAGUGAGUGUUCCGGUUUGCGAACAUUCUUUGGAAGCCAAAUGUCUGGCGCAGCUUCCGAUUGCAUGCAGGAAGCUCCUGCAGUCAACUGGAAGCUGCGCCUUGGUUGUCGAAUGUUUUCAGAAGUCGAACUGACUUCCGGAACGGAUUCCGUUCGACAGCCAAGAUACGACUGUAUACUUCCGGUACCAUUACACCAAGAGGAGAAAGGUAAAUGGGCCAUCAAAUUUUAAACUCAUUUUACUGCCUGGAUUCUCUGCUUCAGCCCUCAUAAUCUCCCACAGAGCAGCAUGGAGCUGGGCUUGUGCCUAAGAGGAACAGUUGCAAGGUGCUCUGAAGCUGUCCUGAGCUGAGCUGUUUUGCAGCCUAUUUGAUAAUAAUAAUAAUAGGGACGUGGGUGGCGCUGUGGGUUAAACCACAGAGCCUAGGAUUUGCCGUUCAGAAGGUCGGCGGUUUGAAUCCCUGCGACAGGGUGAGCUCCCGUUGCUCGGUCCCUGCUCCUGCCAACCUAGCAGUUCGAAAACACGUCAAAGUGCAAGCAGAUAAAUAGGUACUGCUCUGGCGGGAAGGUAAACUGUGUUUCCGUGCACUGCUCUGGUUCGCCAGAAGCGACUUAGUCAUGCUGGCCACAUGACCCGGAAGCUGUACUCCGGCUCCCUUGCCCAAUAAAGCGAGAUGAGCGCCGCAACCCCAGAGUCGGCCACGACUGGACCUAAUGGUCAGGGGUCCCUUUACCUUUACCUAAUAAUAAUACCCCACCCAUCUGUCUAGGUUGCCCCAGCCACUCCUGGCAGCUUAUAGCAUAUAUUAAAACAUAAAAUCAAACAUUAAAAACUUCCCGAAACAGGGCUACCUUCAGAUGUCUUCUAAAAGUUGUAUAGUUCUUUAUCUCCUUUUCAUCUGGAGGGAGGGCGUAUCACAGGGAGGCUGCCACUGCCGAGAAGGCCCUCUGCCUGGUUCCUUGUAACUUCACUUCUUGCAAUGAGGGGAACAGCAGAAGACCCUCGGGAGGAGGACCUGAGUGUCCAGGUUUAGCGAUGGGGGUGGAGACGCUCCUUCAGGUAUACUGAGCGCUUUGUCUGGCUGAAAUGUGUCCUUGAACUAGGAUAAUGCCUCUUGAUUGUCGGGGUGUGUGUGGAAAGAUGGCUAUAGGUUUGUGGAAACCUCUGGCCUUCACAUGGCUGGAAUGUAACCUACUGUACAAAGUAAAAGUCACAUCUUCCAGCUGUAUUCACUUUUGCCUCUGGCUUCACCCACCAUGAGCAUGCGGUCCCCAGAAAGUUAUUCGCAGGUGGAAAAAGGUCUCUGCAUUCCCUUGCAGUUAUCUAUCUUAUCACAGGUAUACAUUUGCAAAGAAAUUGUGUGCAAUUCUUUGGUAUGUUUCAGAAGCAGAUUUGGUCAGAAGAGGAACCCAACCUUGGUGACAGAGUCUAUCUCCUCCCCAUCUCCAGGAAAGAAAUGCAAGGUAUUUCAUAAGCACUUCAUAUGACAAGCCUACAACAUCAUUCCACAGCUUGAAAGCUCCCAGCAGAGAUCAUCAUUUGCAUGUUGACUGGUCAAUCUAGCUGAGUUAAACUUAAAAACAGGAGCAUUAUUCCUUCCUUGCAGUUGUGCAGCUGGGGCUGAGAUUGAGACAAGUAAAAAUGCAGUUUUAUGGCAAACUAAGUGCAAAAGAAGCCAUGCCUGUGUUAUAUAAUCCAUUGAAGCUAUCAAAAUGUAGACAAAUAUCACCCUUUGCAAAGUGAUUGCCACUUUAAUGUGAUGUCGUUUGAUAUAUUUGUCAGUGUUCAGUGCUAACACUUGCGCUAACAAAACACAUCUGUUACUGUUCAGUUUAAAAAAACCAUAGCUUUCCAGUGAAGCACAGAAUAUGUAAUUUGAUAUUCCAGAGAGAUGAUAAAAUAUGCUACAAAUAAUUAUUAUAAAUUACAUUCAUUAUACAGCAAUGUAAUGAUGUGUACAUGUACACGCGCGUACACACACACACAAUUUCUGUGUAUAUAUGGAAAUAAUAAGGAAAUUAGAAUUGUGUGUUUUCAAAUCACAAUUGGCUGGAUCCAGAUUAGCCAUUGUGCAGACAGAAGGCACCAUAAGUGUUCAAACUUGUACAAAUGAAAAGCUACCCAAAACCUUCUCACAAAAGCAUCUUGUGUGUCUGUAAUUUCAACCGGUUCCCAUUGCAUUGGCAAAUUAUCAUCACCUCCUUUGCCGUUUUGAAAAUGCUUUCCUAAAUAUAUAUUUUGUCUAGAUUUUUGAUAGGUCCAAUAUGACUUGAAUUGAUAGUGUAAAACAGGACUGGUGUGACACUGGCCUUUCCGCUACUUGAUCACUAAGCUAUAAAGCCACAGAGAUUUUGUGACCAAGGAAAGAUGAACCUGUAAACUUCUGGGCUCACACUUCCUUGGCAGUUCGCCAUCUACAGAAGAUUUUUGUUGUUCUUCUUGCUAUAAACUGCUGUUUUUCACAAGGGGACGAGGUUCUGUGUCUAUGAGAGCUUCCUUCAGUAUUUUCCCAUUUCUGUUUGCAGGAUCUAGAGAAAAGGAGAGAAGAGAAUAAAAGCAGAAAUAUUUCUCCCGCUCACUUUGAUGGAAGGGUGGAAGCAGGAGAGUCUUCUUCAAACGCUAUGGACUCAUCAUCUCUACUAGCUAAAAUGAGGGAAAGAAACCAUCUGACUGUACCCCAGACAGCUGACAGUCAAACGGAGGAGAAUCUUCCCCAGGUAGCAGCUGCACCCUCUGUAGCUACAGAACAUCAGGAGUUACUGAUGGACGUCCGGAACUUCUUGGCUUUCCAGGCCCGGGUGCCUGGUCAAGCCAGCACUCAGGAAAUACUGCAGGAGUUUGAAUCAAAACUGACAGUGGAACAGUCCUCGGUCUUUCGAGAGCUCCUGAGAAACCUCUGCACUUUUUAUAGGAGGCCAAGCGGGGAAGGACUCUGGAACUUAAAACCAGAGUUUACCUGACAUAUUAUUGCUGGGUGUAUGCUGUCCAUCCGACACUUUUUGCAGUCAGCUUUUAAAGUGAUGCUGUGCUCAUCCUAUGUAGUGAGCUGGUUGGUGCCUGGUGCUCUGCUUUCAAUACCUUUAUAUACUGUUUCACACACGAAAUGCCGUCUACCUCGAAAGGCAUCACUAGCAGCCCAGUGGUUUUUUUGCAAAAGAACACGACUGGGACUCAAAAUACUUGAUUUAUAACUGGAUUUCCAUUCCGCUUUCUGAUAACCUACGCCAUAAAAAUCAGAAAGCACAAGCUGUUGGUUCGAAUGUGUAUUGCACGUGAUGACAUCUUAGGUGGGUACCAGGUGCGUAAUCACAGUGAUGAACAAUGUUAAGAAUAAUUGCAUUUGAUCCUGAGAUAUAUAUGCACUGUAUACUCUUCGGAAGUGAUCUGUAUAUGAUAACUUCUUCUACUGCCAGAUUUUAACUGGUCUAGAUCUGGGACUCAGCAUCCUAUUUGGGUGUUAGCAAUGAUGGAGGGGCAGGUCUCCCUCUAUAUCAGAAGUUCUCACACACUCGGUUAGGGGUUUCUUGGUGUUAUUCAGUGUGGUGUAGUGGUUAAGAGCGGUAGUCUCGUAAUCUGGGGAACCGGGUUCGCGUCUCCGCUCCUCCACAUGCAGCUGCUGGGUGACCUUGGGCCAGUCACACUUCUCUGAAGUCUCUCAGCUCCACUCACCUCACAGAGUGUUUGUUGUGGGGGAGGAAGGGAAAGGAGAAUGUUAGCCGCUUUGAGAGUCCUUAAAGGGAGUGAAAGGCGGGAUAUCAAAUCCAAACUCUUCUUCUUAUUAUUAUUCAUUCGACUGCCUAUCUUGCUGCAGUGACUGGAAGCCAUAGGCUUGGCUAGAGAAAAGUCAUGAUUCUCUCUUUGGUUACUAAAUGAAUAUGAUUGAGACAAGCUUGUACAGGGUGCCUCAUCCAACACCACCUUUUUCUUUUUUGGGGUAUGUUUCUAUUGGGAACUUGGGCAUUUGUUACUCCAAGAGUUAUGGGCAGUUGAUAAUAAGUGCAACCUGAAGCACAGUACGCCAGAAAAAGGUUUUUUAAAAGUUUAGUGAUUUAUUGUUUGCCCUGCAAUAAGGCAACCUUAGUAACUGACGGUCUUCAUCAAUUCCUUUGAGUAAAGAAUGGGCAUGAUUCCUGGUGUUGGUGGCAAUGCGUGUGGUCGGUCUGAUGUUAUUACUCUCUCAGUUGCGGAAUUCUGGCAAUAAGAGAAAUAAACCACGGAAGAUCCUGAGACAAGAACAUGGACAAUUCAUUUUGUUGGGAUUUUUGUGCUUAGCGGUACUCCGUUGAUUGAGAUAUGUCAACACUGGCUUUUGUAUGCAGAAAAACAAAAUAUCAAAAAUAUUUUGUGUGCCAAAAAUAUCAAGAUCUACCAUAUACUCCACUAACACUGAAGCAGUUGGUAACAAUAACCACUUCUACAAUCAUGUAGCUCUUUAGUUACAACUUGUGAUAAAAUAAGUUGCACCUACAACAAAUAAAUCUACUUUAUAAGUCACUGUCCUGUUCAUCAUUCAGCUAAAAGAUCACCUUGAAUUUGAUGGUUAUCUAUCCAUUUUGGUGAAAUAUACAUCUGAUAGUGUCUGUCUCUGAGCUUUAUGCAAGGUUCAGUUAAAGACUCAAUGAGCUUAUCUCCUGCUCCCACCCUACUUUUCCUUCACAGCAAUGUAAUUUUUUAAAAAAAUCAUACACUGCCCUUCAGUAUUUCCAUUUUAAGGACAGUUAUCCAUAUGCAUGGAUAAAAUCAACAGCAACAGUAACGUUACACAGUCACCAACUAUAUUACCCAAAUUUCACCAAUGACUUCAUAGGUGGAAGACGAGAGCAUUCUUCAAAUACCUGAAGGCUGUCGCACAGAAGAGGGCAAAGAUUUGUUCUCAACUGCACCCAAGGAGAGAACUAGAUCGAAUGGUUUAAGUUAUAGGAGGGCAGGUAUCAGUUGAAUCUUCAGAUAAAUAUUGAUGAUUAAGAGCAGUUCAACAAUGGAAACAAUUGCCUAGCCCUUGAGGGUGAUGUGUUCUCCAUUGCAGGAAGUCUUGAAGUAGAACCAUCAGUUGAGAGCGCUUUAUUUCUGGAUUUUCUACUUCAAGCACUUGGGGGUCAGGUUAGAUUAGAACGGAAUCUAAAGGGCUGAAUCACCCUAAACCAGGUGCCCUCCUCACCAGUCACCUUCUUCUCCCUGCCAAAUUAAAAGGUGCUCUACAGCCUUUUGGAUUUCAAGUAUAAGACAUCUAGUUCCAUUAUGAUUUAAGAGGAAUCCAUGUGUUUCACUUUGUUCCAAAAUGUUCCCCCGUAGUUAUCAUACCAAAGCCCUUCCUCCAAACACCAUGAUUGCAGAUUUUCUUGUUAAAGCAGCCCUACACAUGGGGGAAAAAGGAUUUCCAAAAACACUUGGAUACCUUUCAUUUCAGCAACCUACAUGGCAACCCGAACUGGGCUUCCAAUACUCCUUCACUUCAUUUGCCCACUGUUAUAUAGAGAGGCCACUGAUUCUAGCACUCUUGGAUCUACCUAGACCUCUUGUGAUGUCAGCAGUCUUCUCACCAGGCAAGUAGCUCAUCAUUCAGUGAGCACACUUAAACCUUAUUUUUUAUUUCUUUCUUUCUUUCUUUCUUUAUUGAAUAGAUUUAUAUAAUAAUAAUAAUAAUAGGCUGGGCUCAGGGCGGCUAACAAGCAAGAAUAAAAACAAGUUGAAUUAAUACAACUUAAAAACAAGAUUAAAAUACAAAAUUAAAAUACUGAAACAUUAAAAUAUUAAAAUGACAGCCUCAACACAGGAGGAGAAAGAAAGAGGGGGAGGGAAUCAAAUUGGCUCCAAGCCAAAGGCCAGGCAGAACAACUCUGUCUUACAGGCCCUGCAGAAAGAAAUCAGAUCCUGUAGGGCCCUGGUCUCAUGAGGCAGAGCGUUCCACCAGGCCGGAGCCAGAGUUGAAAAGGCCCUGGCUCUGGUUGAAGCUAAUCUAACUUCCUUAGGGCCCGGGACCACUAGGGUGUUGCUAUUUAUGGACCUUAAGGUCCUCCGUGGGGCAUACCGGGAGAGGCGGUCCCAUAGGUACCAGGGUCCUAGGCCGUGAAGGGCUUUAAAGGUCAAAACCAGCACCUUAAAUCUGACCCUGUACUCUACGCAUAUCAUGCCUUUUUU